CGGCUGCCUACCUAGCGAGGGCAGCGGGUGCUUUAUUCUGUGUCACGUUUAAUGAAACCAACUUCGUUUGUUAGACUUUGGAGUCCUAAUGAAAGACUUUAUUUAUAUGUACACGCAUCACGGUGUUUGCCCCAGUAUCCUCCCCGCCAUUAAUGCCUUGAGUCGUGCUCGUCCGUUGCCAAUAGCAACGAAGACUCCCCCCCCCACCUCACUCUCCCUGCCUCCGGUUAACAUGGCGGCGUCCGGGCGCUGAAGCCGGCGCGCCGCUCCACCUGCCACUUUCCCUCUCUCUAUGGUUACCGUGGAGGUCUGUGGGCGGGGAGUCCCGUGACGGGCCGCUCGGUGCGCGGUGACGGCGGCAGGCAGGCGGGCGGGCGAGGCGGACGGUGGAAGCGGCUGUGAGGAGGGGAUGGCGGAGGAGCCUCCACGGUAAGGAAAGCUCGGGGGGCAAGAAGGCCUGAGGGCGGGGGGUGGCGUCUGUGGCAGUGGGGCGGCGGCGGCAGGGGGCAGCUAGGGGGCUGCAGCUGGAAUGUGGAGGAAGGGGAGGGAAGUGGGAAGGGCGGCCGUCUUGUAGGGGUAAGGGCAGCCGGGAGGGAGGGAGGGAGGGAGGCGGGCGGCUCGAGCGGGGUAUCGGGAGCUUGGGAAGGGAGGCGGGAGCCUUCGCUGGAGGGCGGGGUGGGGGAGGCGGAGGAAUGCGGGAGGUCGGCGGGGGGGGGGGGGCUGUCGUUGGCAGCUGGGAAAGGGGAGGCGGCGGGAGGGAGGGCGAAGGGGACUCUGCGCAAAGGUGAGCGCGGUGGGGAAGGGAGCAAAUGGGGCUCCGGAUCGGGCAGGGGGCGCGUCUGUCGGGGGGGGGCGCACACGAACCCGCCUUUUCAAGGGGGAAAAUGGAUGGGGAGGGGAAGGUUGGGCUGCAGGGGAAGGAAGGAGAGCAGCUGAAAAGGGGGAGGUUCCGAAGGCAAGGCGUGCGUGGAGAAAGGGGGCGAUGGGUGCCAAGGGGGGAGAAGGAGGAGGAGGAGGAGGGGACGCAGUGGCAAGCCAAGGCCCCUCCUGCCUCCCUCCCAAGCAGGGGUGCCUGUUGUUGUUUGCACCUGUGCAAUGGAAGCCCUUGUUUAGGGAGGCAGCCCCAGCCGGUGGUGGUGGUGGUGUUGGGGAAGGCUGCCGUGGCCCAGGGAGAAGGGCGAGGCUGCAAGGGGGACCCCUCCGGGUCGACCUCGGGCAGUGGGUGGAGUAUGCAGGGGAAAGGGCUCGGGAGGUGGUUGGCGAAAGGGCGCGCGUGUGCCUGAGCCUGUGCGCGUGUGCGCCGCUGCUUUGCUGGCUGCUGCUGCUGCUGCUGCUGCUGCUGCAAGGGUGUAGGUGGAGCAGCCUCUGAUCCAAGGCUUGUCUAGGGCUGCUGCUUGUGCUGCUGACAGGAGGCAGGGGUUUGGGCCUAAGAGGCCACAAGGCAGAAGGAGAAACGGCAGCAGCAGCAGAAGGUAGUCGCGAGAAGAAGCAGGAAGCCCCGAACACACAAAGCACUGACGCCCUUUUCCAGCAGGUAUAGCCAGUGUCCUCAGAUGGGUGAGAGUUGGAUUAUUUGCUCUAAGAUAAAAUGUCUGGUGUCAAGAGAAAGUGUGUAUAUACUGUGGAGGAGUGAUGUCAAUUACAGAAGCAGAGAUGGGCAGCUUGUCUUUCACCAAGCAUGAAGAUCAAGGGGAAAAGUUGUUUCAGGGAUUUUGACUGUAAUCAGCACCACUGUUGUAUUUCCAUUUUUAACACUGGAUGUUGAUUCUGAAAAACCCUGCUUUCCUUUCUAAAGGACGUGUAUGUAAUUAUUUUCCUAUUUCAUUGUGAUUAUAUUUCAGUUUUCUGUAUAUGAUUCUACUGUCUUUAAUCAUCCAGCUAUCAAAUUUAAAGGAUUUGAUUUUAGUGAUUGCCAUUUGAUAAACACUAAAGUAGUUUGAAAUCUGUUUCCAUUUAUUAUGCUGAACAAAUGUGUGUGUGUGUUCUAACUGUAUAAAUACAGUUUUAUUUAAUGCAGCAUGAGAUUUCAAUGUUGGGUGUUUUGAUUUUUUCAAGACUAUUUUAAAAGAUUUUAAAAUGCAUUUUUUUAAAAGACAAACUUUAACUCAGCAUUUUUAAUGCAACAUUUCAAAAUGUAGCUUAAACUGGUAUGUAAAAUCAUUCAUUUUUAGUAACUGCAUAUGAGCAUGAAGAAAUAUGUUUUCACAGGCAAAUAGCAAUUAUGGCUGAGUUUUAAUUGUAUAUUGUAGCCUGCCUUUUGGAACUAUAAAAUUGCUCAAACAUAAGUUAAAAGAGCAUUUCCCACAAUUGACGCAGAUUCUUAGUCAUUUUCAACAGAGGUUUUUUUAAAAAAGGAUUGUAGCCUUAAGUUUAAAAUGGGAUUAAAAAAUUAGGGGAAAUACAAUCAGCAAUCAUAUGGGGGUGCGUCCUAUUGAACCCAGUAGAAUUGUGUAGGAUUGCACUGUAAGGCAUGCUUGGCAUUCUUAGAAGUUACACAAUAUAUGCAGUCAUGCUUUAAGCAUAAAUACUUUCUUGAUCUCUGGAGUUCCACCUAGUUCUUAUCAAUACAUUUAUUCUGUUUAGUGUCAUAUUUUAGAUAAGCUGAUUUUUCAGACUCCAUUACUGUUGACAUGGGUUUAAAUAUUUAGAUUGUCUCAGUGAUUUAUCCCAAGAGCUCUUAGCAAGUAAGAUUUCCCAAUAGAUGGCAGCUGGAUUCAUUUUAAUUUGUGAUAAUCAUCACAUGUAAAUUGGUUUGUUGAGCUUUGGAGUUUCUGUAGAUGUAGCAAGUGAAAUUAACAGGCCAUGGUUAUUUACAUAUGAUUUGGGGAAGCAGCAGGUUUUUUUUUGGGGGGGGAGCUACUUUGUACUUGGAGCUCCAAUUGCAAUAGCUUUAAAAUGUAGAAGCAUGGCUGGAAUUACAUGAAAGUCUGCAGGCUCCCAUGCUCCCAGUUGUUUAUAGAUGUAGAAAGUGAUUUCCUUAUCUGUGCUAUGGAUUAUGAUAGAAGUAAGGUUUGUAAACAGUGCUGUCACUGUGUGUAAGAGCUGCUGCUAGUUACAGUUUUUCCAGUGUUUGCAGAUGUCAUAGAGGGCAGGGAGAGGCUUGCACAUAUAUUAUCUUGAUAGUUACAGUAUACUAUCAUGCUGGUUCUUGUUUUAAUUGAGUGAGAUGGUCAAGUUUUCAUUGCACAAGUGUAUAAUUUCUGCAACAGUUUCUGGGUAUACUGAUUUAUGGAUGUGUUCAUAUUUUCUGUGUGCACUCCUUCAGUUUCAUUUGAUGAUUCUUCUAGUGAGCUCAUCCAUGGCAACAGUUUCAUUUUGACAGAUAUUAAUUUUGUGAGGGAAUAAAUUCAAUAUGUGCGGUGGUAUUUAUUUGUUUUAUUAAAACAGUAAUAUCUUGUCCACCAAGGGUGGCUUACAGCAUAUAUAACAUUACAGUUCCAUAAAACAAUAUCAAAAAGAAACAGGAUCAGCCGUCAAAAAUUCAUAUACAUUAUCAUGUUUCAGUUCUAAGAAAUAUGUCCAAGGACUGAUAUGGAUAAACAUUCUAGAUUGGAUCAAAAUUAAUAAAGGCUUUUGUAAAAUAACUGUCAUGAGAAGACAAUUUUGCAAGAAGAAUUUAAGAAUUUAAUUUUUGAAUACUGUAAACACUGCAAUAUGCUGUGUAAGCAUUGGACACAGAUUAAAGGUUCAGGGCAGCUCAUAUAUUAUUUGCUGGUUUUGCCCAAGCUGUUUGUUGUAAAGUUGAUCAGAUAAUUCUUUUCAGAUGAAAGGCAAUGGCAAAUAGAGGUUUUCAUUUAUCUUCACCUAUAGCUUUCAUGGCUCACUGGUGUUCAUUUAUGUAUCUUUCUCCAUCAAAACUUGUUCCCUGCUACUUUUAUUUCCUUCUGUUUUGAUUAAUGUAUGAGAAGCCAAGCUUGUGCAAGUUUUUCCUCUGUCACGGCCAUACAACGCCUUUGUGCAGUAUGAAUUUUGGUGCAACCCCAUCCAGGAUAGCCAACUGACUAAUUUAUUGGACACAGGAACCCCCCCCCCCCCACAGUGUCUCUAUCUUGCCAGGGUUCAAGCUGAUCUUGUUCUUCCUCAAUUCAUCCAGGCAUUGGUCCAGGGACUGCACAGCAUCUCCUGAUUCAGAUGUUAUGGAGAAAUAGGGCUGAGUGUCAUCAGAAUACUGAUGGGACCUUGCCCCAGAUCUCCUGGGGUCUCAUCUAGAUAUUAAAUGGCAUUGGAAAUAGUACCUUGUGGUAACCCAUAACACAGCUGCCGGGGGCUACAAAGCACUCUGCUAAUCCAGCUCUCUGGACUUGGCCCUGGAGGUAGGAUUGAAAUCACUGUAACACAGUGCCCCCAAUUCCUGUUCCCCAGAGCAGGUCCAGGGGGAUACCAUGGUCAGUGGACAGAUCACGAGGACAGAUCACGAGGCAAGGUCAAACUUCCCUUGCUCUGCUCUUUGCAAAGGUUAUCCAUCAGGGAACCCAUGGGCAGGCCUGAACCCAGAUUGGAAUGGUUCUAAAUAACCUGUGUCAUGCCCCACCACCAUCCUCAUCACCACCUUCUCCCCGAAAGGUGUGUUUUUCAUUGGUAGUUCUAGUCUAAGAAAUCUAGGAGUGCUGCACCACUGUUUUCUUUCAAGGCAGGAACCCUCAUGCAAUGAAGUGUUUUUCAUGCUCUGGACCCAACCAGUCAGACCACCUCUGCUAGAUUUAAUGAGCCAGGAGGGACAGGGGCCAAGAGGGCAUGUGAUUGGAUAUGUUGCCGCCAGUACCUUGCCCACAUCAGCUGAUUGCAUAAGCUGAAACUGAUUCCACUCAAUUCUGGGACUGGGUACUUCAACUAUUUAAACAGAAUAAGGGACCAGAGAGGAAAAAGGAGAAUAAAAGUUUGUGUGUAUGAAGAAGUAGAUUGUUGCCGACCAGGAGCCCUCGAGAUGUUUUUGGUAGGGCUAAUAGUCCAGAACAUAGGGAGGGCAUCAAGUUAGCAAAGGCUGACAUGGAGGAAUAAAUGACAAACCCUCUUCAGUGUGUCAGGACCCAAACACUUGUCUCCGUGUUAGAAUUGCUGUGGCUGAUAGCUAUAUUAUUAUUUCUGUUUUAAAAUUCCAUUUUGUUGAUAUGGUAAGUGUCUAUGAGUUGAUAACAUUGUUUCAUUUACCUGCACAGCCUAGAGCUCAUUUUCCAUUAGACACACCUAAAGUACUCAAUCUGGCUUCAAGCAGAAGUAUUUUCCAGCAUAACAUUCUUUUCAGCGUAAUAUCAUUGCUAUGUGUUUUUCCAGUCAUUAUCUCAUGAAGCAACUGUACUGACUUUAGGCAGUUCUGUGUUAAUUGUGUAGACCUGAUGUGAGGGACCGGAUCUGGGGUGGGGGUGGGGGCACUUACCUGUCAGAUCACUGUGAAAAGGGAGCGAAUUUUAUGUACAUUUCUGAUUCUUUCCUUUCUUCCUUUGGUCUCCCAAGAUGGAACUCAAGAUGGGCUGUAAAGGAAGUUGCCUUUACUUAUGUUAGUUAACAGUCACAUUAUUUUUAAAGGCAGUGCCAAACAUGAUACAGUGGUACCUCAGGUUACAUACGCUUCAGCUUACAGACUCCGCUAACCCAGAAAUACUACCUCGGGUUAAGUACUUUGCUUCAGGACGAGAACAAAAACCGUGCUCCGGCGGCGCGACAGCAGCAGGAGGCCCCAUUAGCUAAAGUGGUGCUUCAGGUUAAGAACAGUUUCAGGUUAAGUACGGACCUCCGGAACGAAUUAAGUACUUAACCUGAGGUACCACUGUAAUUGCUUUUAUUAUUAUCAUGUUGCUGUUGUUUUUUAUAAUGUGCUUUCCCCCUCAGAUUGGCAUUAUCUCUGAAGACCAUAGCCUUGUGAAUAUGUGUGUCCUUUCUGAUGCUUGUGCAAAUGACCAGUUGCCGUUUCCCAGCAUACGUGUGUUCAGUGGGGUAGAUGAUAUGCAUGCAACUUGCACACUUUCAUAAAUGGAACUGGCUUCUAUGUGGGAAGUUUGUGCAGUUUGAGGCAGCUAAGUCCAUCUCCCUUCUAACCUCAUGUGGAUGUCAAGAGAGACCAAAAGAGAAGGGCGUGGCAGAAAGAGAAAUGGGGGAUGCCCUGCCCACUUUUGGCUCUGGCCACAUCCACCGCUGUCCCUACCUCCACCAAACACCAGCAUGCAACCCCUGACUACUUUGAGGGAAUGCAGCCCUUGAGAGAAAAAGGAUUUCCUACCCCUGCUAUAAAGGAGCAAUGCCUUUUACAUGAUGCAAGUAAAUUUUGAAAUAUCUUCUGCAUUUGUACUCUCAUGACUUACGAAAUAUUGCUUGCUGCACAGCUGAGUUCAUGCUUGCUGUCUGACUGUUGAUGCUAAAAUAUACAGUAUUAUGUUUAUGGAGAUUUGCUCAGAGCUGGCAGUGUGCUUUAUUAAAAGAGGAUUGUGCAGGAUGUUACUGCUAAUAGGCAAGGUUGCUGACAGUUAGGGAGUACAGUUUCUCUUCCAUAUAUUCCUAAUCUAUGGACUAGAAAGGAUGGUUGAUACCAUCUGGAAGGAUUAAAUGAAAUGACCUUUUUUGAUAGUCCAUGACCCUAAUAACAUUAUUAUCCACAGUGGCCAUCAGUGUGAGUAGCUUCCACCAACCCUGCCCUCCCUUAAUUGUGUUUUCUAAAAAGACAAUAAUAUACAAUUUGUUUCAUACUUUAAGAGAGCUCAAACUGACUGGAAAGAUCAAUAAUUAUUGAAAUAAUUGGUGGUGGUAGUGGUGGUGUGUGUUACUGAAAAGAUACAGAAUUCUGUAAAUUAUGCUUAGAUCUCUCUCUCCCCCUCUCAUUUGUCCUCAUUUAGCAUGCUGAUACUGAUCAGUGAUCAAUCAUAUCUCUAUUGAGGUAACAUUCUUGGUGUAAAACAAUAUUCCCCUCUUCCUCUAGCAGCACAGUUCCUUCCAAAUCCAUGUGUCUUUAAAUUGAGUGGUUAAUACCAACUAGGUACUAUUUUCUUUCCUUUUUUGUGUUAGCCUGUGCUAUUGUCCAUGCUGGCAAUCUGUAGUCUCCACUGAACCCUUCCUCCCUUAAUUGUAUAUAUAAAAAAGCGGAUGAAAACAUGUAGUACACAGAUUUAAAUGCAAGGUGACGAAACUAGGCAAACUGCGAUUAGGCACAGCUCAAAGUGAUUUCAAAAUUAUUUUGCGAUCUAGAAGUGAAUAUUCGUCACUGGUUUCUGCAAUUCAGUAUUUCUAAGACUGUUUAGGGUUUAGUAAAAAUCCUGAUCAUGUGAAAAAAUUGGUGUGUUUUUUCAAUUUCUUUCAGAAAUUAUGAUGGUUGUAAAACACAGAAUUUAUUCAUGCUGAACAAGCUUAGUUUGGGAGCAGUGGAAGAAACUCAUGCUUUCAUAAGCAAAGAAUUUGUCACUGAUGACAUGUCGUGAAGUUUCUUCUUUUGUUUACAUGGCUAUUUAAAGUUGGGCCAAUCACUGAAAUUGCUCCUCUUGAGAAUGCAGCAUUAAUGUUAGUUGGACUUGUACCAGCUUGCUGUUUUAAACACAAGUCUGUUGUGCUAUGCCCUUUGCAAUGAAUGCUUGCGGAGAAAUUAAAAAUAACUUUGAGACUGAAAGUACUUGAAGAUACAUUCAGGCGACUUAAAAACAAAUUUAUGCAAUGAAAAUCAUCCUGAUUUGGUGAUGAGAGAGAGCUAAAGCCAAUUUUAGAGAGCUUUCUCUCCAGAUAACUUCUUUCAUAUUUAGACACAGGUUAUCAGUGUUCUCUUUAUUUCUGAUGCAAGUCUUCACAUGCUCGUGCAAAGGUAGACAGAAAUGCACCACCCACAAGAAUGAGGUAUCAGGAGGCUCAGGAUAACAGGAGUAUAAAAACUUCAGGGAAAUACCCCAUGGUGGUUUCUCCUCUGCCCCGACCCCCCCCCCCCCCCAAUGUGGCCACACAUUGCUGACUAACAUAGACUGGAAAAAACAGAAAACGGAGUGGGAGGAUGAUGGAAUGGGGCCACUGGAAAAGGAAGCCUGAGGAAGAGGCACAUAGAGAUAAAAAGGGAAGAGAGAACCGUCUCAUUAUCUUGAUAUAUUCUAGUUCACAUGAUGAAUCUGUUUUAAGUGUCCCUAGGGACCGAAGUGAGAAUCGCUGAUAGGGAUCCAUGAAUCUGAGCAUGCUCAGUGGGCACAGAAUGCUACCUUGAGUGAGGGUAGGGGUGGGGUGGGGAGAUGAAAUGAGUGGCUGCAACCUUGGUCAGAAGUGUUCUGCAUUGCAACAUUUUGUUGCAGAGCCCUGCUGGUAGCAAUAUCAAAAGACGUGCUUUUAGGAAUGGUUCAUGCAUUUAAACGAAAGCUUGAAUUCUUGGUAUAUAGAAUCUCCUUAGAUGGUACACUCUUGGAGGAUAUGUAUUAUGCAAGCAUAAUGAUUCUGGAAAAAUCUGGAGACCCCCCGUUCAUAAACUGAGUACUGUCUAAGGCAUGUCAUGUUGAAAAUCUCUUCCCUCAAAGUUGUCUCAGUCAUUAUUGUUACAUAUUCUGUCUAUGGGGUUUGUCUGGCAAUAUAGCUCCAGCAUUUAUCUUAAAAUAUUUAUAUGCUUUCUGUCAUGUAAAACAUGAAAGUGGUGUACAAUACAGUCAAGCACAUGUAUACAAUAUACUAAAAACAGCAACACAACGCAAGCAGUAGUGAGUCUUAAAAUUAUAGUGGCUGGCAUUAUGAACCAUCAGAUGCUGAUCAAAAAAGAACAUUUUCAGCAUGUGCCUAUGGUUCAACAAGGUCAAGGCAUACUUUGUUUCAGGGGGAAGCUAUUACAUAGUAAGGCUGCCAUCACAGAAGAGGUCCUCUUCUUGGCUUUUGCCAGCUGAUGCCAGAUGCAGUUGGUUACACCAGGAGGGUCUCUGAUGAUGACCACAGUAGCUGGACUGGUCAGUAUUGCAGAAGGCAUUCACAUGAAUAGCCCAGCCCAAAGUUGUUUAGGCUUUGUAGGUUAAUACCUGGUCUGGUAGUAAAUCAGCAGCCAGUGCAGUUCUAUCAUUCUGCAUUAUCUACAGCUUCCAGACCAUACAUCAUGGUGUCUAGGAAUAGCCAUUGCUGAUGUACUGGCCAAAGCUGUUUAAAGAAACUCCUUGCUCCAGCUGUUGGGGUUCCAAUAGCAGUAAAUGGCUCUAAGAUGGGUGGCUAACUACUGAUGCUCAUUCUCCCUUCCAAGAGCAGUGCUAGAAACUGGGAUAGAAAAGCUAUUCACCACAUGGUUGCUGCCUAUGUAAAUUGUGUGGCCAAUGUGUGUGCCUGUAGAGGGAAGUUUUUGCAAGCAAUCAUUGAUUCAAUUCCUCAAUACUUUAGAGUUUACUAAAGAUUCCAGCAUGGUGGUUAAAAUGACUCUUACACCCUGCAUACAAUUUACACCCUUGGUACAUAGGUUAGUUUUAGGGUCUAUCAAAGUUACCACUUUUAUUGCCUUUUUUGUGUGUGCUAUGAAUGAAGCUCUUAUGACCAGAAAGGCGAUAAAAGUGAUAACUUUGAUAUUGAAUGCUUAAAGCUCCAGUGAUGUAAUGGUGGGCUGUGUGUGUUGGUGUUCGGGAGACUUGUGAAACUACAUCGUAGCUUCUCCCAGUUAUUAAUAAUUAAAGCAAUACAAGAAGUUUACUUUACAAACUAGGUUGAUGUGCCUUGACACAGUGGGUGGCAAGGAAGCAGAAGCCAAAAUGUAUGGCAUUGCAUAAAUUGGAGGGCAGCUACGUGUAUACUGGAAGGUCUGCCACUACAUGAACACUGGAAAAAGCGGUGAAUCAAGUUUUGCAGGCUGCAAGAUGAAUUGGUAUGAGGCAGCUGACAUGUCUAAUGGCUCAAGUCCCUCAGUAUAUAUAUGAACUCUUGCUGAAAUAAUAGAUAUCCACAUGCCUCAAAACAUUAUUUUGGAUGUCUGCUAUUGUUUGUGUGAAAAAUUCUCUUUAAGUACGUAGCAAUCUGCUGCACUCAACACUUUCCUUACUCCUGCAUAUUGCAGCUCAGGUUAUCUUGAAGGAACCAGUAAAAGUUUUUAGAACACAUAUUCUGGUGGUUUGGAGCCUGGUGAAAUAAACAAUAUUCUCAGAUAUCAUUUAUACUAAAUAGUGGAGGUAAGGCUGUCUGGUUCUAGCAUGAAGUCAGACCGGCACUCCUGCCUACUUCUCUGUGGCAUUGCUGCUUGCUCCUCUGCUUAGAAGUCAUUUUGGCAUUAAGGGGUGUGUGUGUGUGUACCUACCUACCUACAUGUAUUCAUAUGUGUCUAUUUUGUGUGUGUAUUAAAUAUAACACAUCAGCUUCUGUACCCCUUCCUGUAUCUUAAUGUUGUACUGGAAUGCAGUUGGGGAUCGCCCUAGCUUUGUGUUGUAUUUCCAAUAAUUCCUCCUAAAGGAUAAUAAUAAUAAUAAAAAUAAUUUAUUAUUUAUACCCCGCCCAUCUGGCUGAGUUUCCCCAACCACUCUGGGCAGCUCCCAAUCGAGUGUUAAAAACAAUACAGCAUUAAAUAUUAAAAAUUUCCCUAAACAGGGCUGCCUUCAGAUGUCUUUUAAAGAUAAGAUAGCUGCUUAUUUCCUUGACACCUGAUGGGAGGGCGUUCCACAGGGCGGGCACCACUACCGAGAAGGCCCUCGGCGCGGGAUCUCAGUGUCCCGGCAGAACGAUGGGGGUGGACACGCUCCUUCAGAUAAUUGAGCAACAUUUGUAUAUUAAGUGUCACUAAUGUUAUAGUCCAUACUGCUACCUCCUCCCAUUCCGCACUUUCAAACAUCCGUCUAGUUUUUAUGGGGUGGAGGGAAAAGGAAGUUUCAGAAAUAUGUUGCCCUUCCUUUAGAACCCUGAAGGCGCUUUCAGGAGGUGAGGUACUGUUGUCUCCCAUGGGCUGCUUUCCAGUACUGGUUUGGCCAGCCACUGUUGGGGUUAAUUAUGGUUGUGUGUGAUAUUAUCUCCAGGUGUAACUCUUUGUUUUCUCUCAUAGGAAUGAAUAGGAUUCCCCCCCCCAUUCCUAUAUGGAAAAGUACAGUUAUACCUCGAGUUGAAUGUGCUUUGGGUUGAGCGCGUUCGAGUUGCGCUCCGCGGCAACCUGGAAGUAACGGAGCGCGUUACUUCUGGGUUUCGCUGCUCGCGCAUGCGCAGACGCUCAAAAUGACGUCACGCACAUGUGCGGAAGCGGCAAAACGUGACCCGCACACGCGCAGACGUGCCGUUGUGUCUUGCGUUUCGUUCGGGAUGAGAACAGGGCUCCAGAACGGAUCCCAUUCGCAUCCUGAGGUACCACUGUAAAGGCAUGCACACCAUUGAGGAGGGGGCUAAACUUGCUCUUGGCAAUUCUAGUGCUUGGAGCAAGAAGCUGAUUUUGCCCCCUCUAGAGUGAGUUUGUUAGGGGACUUCCGGGUUAGCGCCAUUGGCGAAUGGCAGAGUUCCUCCGACCGGAGGAACUGGCUCCGUGGAAACUGGGUCUUCCCGCCGCAGCGAAGGUGGGGACCCGCUAGAAAUCCCAGGCGGAGGAAGCCUGGGAACGUGGGGUUUGGCAGGGCACCAGGAGCGCCCCCCCACUCAAGGGGAACCCCAUUUCGGGGUUCCGGAGUGAAGUGGGGUGAGCGGCGCGGUGCUGCGAACUGAUUGCUACUUUCACGGAGUGAAGCCGCAUAGCCACUGCCGGAGAGCGCUGACUUUUUCCUGUGGACAAUUGGAUUUAAAACAAGUACCCGUGAGUAGAAACGGAAAAUUGGAUCAAGAAAUAUCUUAAUUUGGCACCGAAGCGGGAAGGUUCAAAACAGGAAGUCCGCCUUCCGCUUUUUGUACAUAGACUGAAGCAAAAACCUUGUAAGCUAAAGCCUGGAAAGUCGUUUAAAAAGUCUAAAUUUCCUUCAUUUAUAACUACUGAAACCCCCUUGGAAGCAGGAGAAAAGGGGGGGGGACUUUGUUUAAUGCCUGCAGGAGAGGGAGUGAAGAAAGAUAAGUUUCCACCGUCUCUAGCCUGGGAAUGGGGUGUCAGAGACAGAAAUUGUUGGAGAGGUUUAUUGACUGUGAAUGGAAUACUUUGACAGAUAGCUAAAGAAGAGAAAUAAACUAAUUCCAAUGUUGCCUUUUGCAUUCUAAAGAAACAAAAUAUCUGAAAAAUGAAAGUAAAUUUCCUUUGUUGGACUUGCCUUAAAAAGAUGGAUACAAAUAGAAAUUGUCUCCUCUAGAGGGAGCUUGCUAAAUUAUUGCUGCAGUCUACUUGAGGACUCUACAGCUGUGAGAUUAAGAUCGUGGGACCAGUCCUUUUGACCUUGACUAAAUAUGAGCUGGGAGGAAGUUUUGGUGCUUGCUUUAUGCAAGACAAGUGCUUUGUUGGAACAGAUGCAUGAAAAGGUGGAUUUGAUGAAUGAGAAAAUGGAUUUGAUGACUGUUGUGGUCAAUAACUGUGGACAAACAGGGAAUAUUGAUACAGAAACCACUCAGGGACCAAAUCAGGAACCUGUAUUGAUUGGGCAAGUGCAGAAGAUAAUGGAGGAGGUUGCGGUUGCACCUCAAAUAAUACAAAUGGAGAGACCCGAGGCCCUACAGGAGCAUAAGCCGCUGUUUUUGAAGACUGAAGUUGGAGUGGGCCAGGGGGAGUCUGGAGCUGAGGAGGUUCUUAACUUUGGAGAGACUUUGAAAUAUGCUCCUAAAUAUUUUUUGGAUUACAUUGAUGACUGGGGGGAGUGGGACUGUGGGGAAUGGGCUGGUUUGAUGAAGGGAGACGGAGAUAAUUUUGGGUUGGAACCUCCCAGAGACCUACUCCUCAAUGAGAAAGGAAAGAAAAUAAGAAAGAGACCAACCAAAGACAAGGAAAAGUGCAGGUAUAAACAAGAAGAAGAAGAUCUGCAGAAGGGACAUGUAAGAGACUUAAGGGCCUCGGACAUAAGACUACCAGGUUGAUAGACUAGAUGGAAUGGACAGUAAGGACUGACAUGACCCGAGACCAGGAAGAAGAGACGUUGGAUGAAGAUUGGAAGAAAAUUUAUAAAGAAAAAUUUUUAUCUAGGGAAUUAGCCUAAAAUUAAUGAAUAUUAGGGGAAAUGUUGGAAUGAAACUAUAUGGCUCUAGUAGAAAUGAUAUCAGGAGUUAUGUAUAAUUGAGUAUUAAGUUUCAAGCUCUAAGGUAUUUUACGGUAAGAUAAGGUUAAAUAAAUUAAGGUAAUUUGAAUAACAGAAUAUGGGGGAAAGAUGGAAAGGAUUUGUUGAGUUAAUUAAUAGGUUAAAUUGUUAAGAUAAAUUAUUUAAUAAAAAUUGAGAAAGAUGGAAAGAAUUUGCUGAAAUAACUAAUUAAACUAGAACACAAAAAGGGAGGUGUGAGGAGGUCAAUGAAACAAGCAAAUGGAAGUUAAAAAUAUGUAAUAUGGGAUUUGUGUCUUUCUUCUUUUUUUAUCUUUUUGCUGUAUUGUUGUAUUGGUUUUUAUGUUUUGCUUUUUUUCUUCUUUUCUAUGUACUGUAGUGUUGUUUUUUAUUUUUUAUUUUUUUCUGUAAUUCUGAAACUAUACAUAAAUAUUAUUUUUUUAAAAAAUAGAGUGAGUUUGUUAGGAAUUGGCACAAUACUUUACCUCAUAUGUGAAAUAAUAUACAGAAAUAUGGAAAUAAUAGUUAUCAGUUUUAUGUUUGCAGUUGCGAUUGAGUUCUGCCUUGGGUGAGUGUACUUGAUCUGAACAAAUCUAUUAGCAUGAAGCCAAAAACAGAAACCGGAACCAAGAAGUUAAAAGCUCUUACUGCAAAGUAAGGGAAGCAAAUUAUAAUUGCAGCAGAUGGUAUUUUUCAACCCACGCUAGCAAUACACUAUUUCACUAUCGGUUUUUCUUUUGCUUUAUCACAAUCGGUCUAAACAAGCGCUGUCUGCUUUUUCUCACAUAAGUCUAAAUUAAAGUUUAUUCUUUAAUUUAAAAAAAGUUAACAGUGAACACAAUGUUUCAAGGUAGAUUUGGAGUACAGUAAACCUCAAAUUCAUAGCUUGGACAGUAAAAGUUUGUUUGAAGUGUAAAUACUUGCAGAUUCAAAGAGAAAAACCUUAACCGAGAUAUAAUAUUGCAGUUAAAAAUUAAUUCUGCAAAUGAUUUUACAUUAUUAACCUUAUUGCCUGGGCUCUUUUGCCUGAUCUAUAAGUCAUGCACAGCAGAAUUUCUCCUUAUUCCAUGUGUGUGCACAUGUGUGUUUUCACACGUGUGUUGGGAGAUGUUUAAAUGAGAUGCUGGAAACUUUAUGAAAACAAUAGUCCAUUAAAAAAACACGAAUCAGCCAAAUUUUCCAUUUAAAAACAUCAGGAUCAGUUUCAGGUAUUCUUAUAAUAAAAUAAUGUUAUUACUUUCCCACAUUUGUAAUGAUGUUUCAUUUGGCCUCCAGUUGAGGUAUGUUCCAUCUUAGUUUUAGAACUGUUUGUUAUCCUAAUACAUCUGAUUUACGCUGUCCUUUUAUGUGAUAAGAUUAUUUAUUUAAAAUGGCCAACUUGUUUCCCAGAGGCCAAGAUCCAUCAAAGUCAGUUAGUCUAGAUGAUCCUAACUCGACAAUUCUAUGACCUCAGUCUAGAAUAUGUUCUUCUUUAGCAUGUAAUUCCAGUCAAGGUGCUGGUGGAGGAGAGUUCUUAGUAUGGGAUAAACUAUCAAGGGAAUUCUGCUGUGGUUUUGUUGGAAUGGAAUUGCUCUGGUUGAAUUGGAAGUUGUUCUUUUAACCAGGAAAAGCAUUCCUAUUAGCACAAUGUUUAUCUUCUAAAAUUAUAGUGGGAACAGAGGAGAGAGUGCAAAGGUCUCCAUGGCGAUAAGCAUCUCUGUUCACUUGGUGACGUAGCUAUGUCUGUGCUAAGCUAGUUGUUUUCUGAGUUCUUAAUGGAUAAUUGAGGUUGGGAGACAUGGGUGCGGGUGCUGUGGACUGCAUUUGCAAAAUGUGGAAUCAGGAUUUUUGUGUGUGAGAGUUGGGGUUGGGGGAAUGUUAGAAAGAAACAUGAAUUGUGAUAGGAACAUAAUAUGCGAAGCAGAAAGAAGAAGGUGUGUGUGUGUGUUGUUGUUGUUGUUGUUGUUGUUGUUGUUGUUUUGCAAGAGUUUGGCUUUAGAAGUUGUGAAUGCUGCAGUUCCCACCUGGCAUAUACUUCAGUUGUGAUGUUUUUGCACAAGGAGAAAGUUUGUGUUGCAUAAUCACGGUGAGGGGAGUCAGAAAUUCUCAGUUCUAAGUUCAAAUAUGUUAGGAAAGCCAUUAUAUUUGAGUUAGCCCUUCUGUCAGUGGUAUGGGGAUAAUACUGAGCAGCAGUCCACACAGUUUUGCAGGACUUAGAAGCCAGACAUUAUUUACAAUCACUGCUAACACUUUCUUUCCCCCUACCCUCACACUGGGCCCUCAUUUUAACUGGUUUUGGAGAAGGCCAGGAACAGCACAGGUCUUCCUCAGUGCUUCUAGCUUUCCUGGCAUGUCUUAUGCAAAGUGAGACAUGAGAGCCUGCGUUUUCCCCAAGUUCUCUGCAUGCAUGCAUGUGAGGGUAGGUGUGGGCUGUGCUGCCUCUUGCUCCCAGAAUAAACUGAGAGGGUUGGAUCCAGACUAAGUUGAACUUAGUUCCAGUUGAAAUGAACAGAACAAUUAUUACUAUCGUUAUUUAUUACAUUUCUAUACCACCGUUCCUCUGAAGAUCACAUGGUGGUUCACAGCAUAAAAACACAAUAAAUACAUACCAUAAUAACAAACAAAAGCAAUAACCCCCACCAACAAUUUAAAAGACCAUAGAUUGUUAAACAUGCCUCUUGUUGAUUUCAAUAGGAAUUAAGUUCAAGUAAUUUAGGAUAGGCUGUAUUCAAUACAGCAUUAGGUAUAUUGCUCCAUCAGCACACAUGUUUCUCCUGCCCAAACAUUUUCUCCUUCUCCCUCCUCUGCACCCCUAAACCUGUUCUGGGGUUUUACCCAACCCUCUGGAGCAGAUUUGGGGUAUGUGCAGGGGCAGGAGAGAGGGGAAUCCCAUUGUGGCAAGUUAUAAUUCUUGUGCUAGCACAACUAUUCAGUAGAAUACUGCUCACUGUCUCCAGCCCAGUGCUUUCUGCUAGGCUUUGAGGGCUCUGUUUCUGCCUCUUGAUGCUGUGGAUGGUGCAAUGUGAUAGCCAGAAUUAAAUGUAACAUCACUACUGGUGAUCAUAUUUGUGGUCCUCUCAUACUGACCUGUCUUACAGGUCUGCUGUGGGCAUUAUUGAAAACUUGUCUUAAGGCAUUUUUGAAUACUGAAAACUGCUGUCUAAAUGUUGAAUUACAUUAAGGCUAGAACUUUGUUUAAGAGAUUCUGCCUGUUGUUACAGGGUUACUUUGCACUCCCUCUGGAAAUUCUUAUUGCUGAGUGGAAAAGUUCAUUGUAUGCAGUUUUAACUUCCCUGGAUUUGGAGCAUCUGAUGUAAUAAUCAUGCUAGCAAUGUUUAGCAUUGAGUUAUAAUAUGCAUUUUGUGCUGGUCAUGGACCAAAAUACAUUUCUGAUUAGAUAUGAGUCUUAUCUCAUAUUUUCCUAGAAAAUACGUUGAGAUAACAGAAAAGCAGUAUUUUGCCAGAGUGUUUUUUAAUCCCACCAUGAAGAUUUAUAAAUUCCAGAUAUACAUUUAUGAAAGAGAGAGUGCAAAAAAUUGAAAAUACCUAUUAAUGACCAAAUAGGUAUAUAUGUGUGUUUAAUACAAAUGGCAUUGAUCUGUUUAACAAUAAACUGCUUGUGGCUUUGUAAUAGUCAAUAUGUGCUUCCCUUCCUUUUUAAUUUGAAAAUAUGGAGAUCUAAAGCACUUUUAUUCAUGACACAUAAAAACAGAUCGGUAUUAAAUCUUGGCUUAAUUUGUUUUCUGUGGGGAAUUUUGGUAAUUCACAUGUAUAAAGCACUUAUACACUCUUGCAACUUAAAUGUUCUGAAGACUAUAGCAUCUAACUAGCAUAUGGUGAGAGUCUGAUUUCCAGCCCCCACCCCCCACAGUAGAAAUGUCAUUGAGUGCAUGUGUUUAAAAACGUGAUACAUCAUUUAAACAGACUUUGUAGAAUCUGUUUGGAAAAUACCUCCCCACUUCUCCCCUCUUGCAGGGAUAAGAUCUUCUGAAGCUGCUCAGUUUUUCAUGAGAUGAUUUAUUUAUUUUUGUCACCUUUUGAGGCUGAAGGUGACACACCUCAGCUCAAAUAGCAGAUCAAAAUAGAAUAUAAAAAUACACUUGGAGAUAAAACAGCAGUCCAAGCAAAAAUAAUAAUAAUGUAGGCUCUGUUCACAAAGAAGGUAGCAGCACCAAAGGCCAAAUGAAGAGGAUGUACCCCUUAUUUUCAUGUUCUAAGCUGCCUUGAGCAUGGUUUGAACUGUGGGAAGGCGGCACACAAAUGUAUCUGAAACAAUUCCGUUACAAUUUAUAUUGCACUUGAGGUCCUUUGACUUCAGAAUGCUGUUACAGUGAUUCUUUCUCCUUCAAUAUGUUACAUUUCAUUCUGAGCGACGGUGCUUGACAUUAGCAAGUAUCACUGUUAUGAAACUGGCCACACAAACACACACAGCAUUUCUCUUCUCAUAUUCUACAGAGUUGGCAGCAGGGACAGUUGCUGUUAAGUCAGGGAGGCUGGAAGAUCUGAGUUUGUGGGCAGCCUCCAUAUUAUUACUAUAAGAGUAUUCAUGGGGGUGCAUGAAUGAUGUUACAUCUCAUUUGGCCUAAGGAAGAACUAUUUUCUACCUGUAUUCUAGUAUUUGCCUCUUCCUGUCUGGAUCUGUGCUGUCUUGCAUUGGAAUACAGAGAUGUUGAACACUUUUAACCUGUUAAAAGAUAUGUAUUGUUGUCUUAGAAGUUUCCUUAUGAAUUGGUGAUUAAGAGUUCCUGGUUGUUGUUUUUUUGCUGACCAUGCCUUGUGGUGUAAAACUGUGACCGUCUUUGUGGUCUUUGAUGUGUCCUCUAGUAAAGUGAUGUAAUUAACUUUACGGAAGAGUCCCAGUACUCUUGUCAGUUGCAGCAUAAUUUAUUUUUUAAAAAAAGUGAUCCUGGGAUUUUAUAUACCAUCGUAAUUAGCAAUUGGUGUAGCUGUUUAUCAUUGUUGCUGUGCAUCAGCUUUAAAAGUUUGCUUUUGCUAUAAAUAUAUUUUCAUAUUUAAAUUGUAUGCACAUUUUUCUGCGAGAGCAAACAUUCGUAUUUAUAGCCUAUUUUAUCAGCAAAGUUGCCAAAGCGCAGACUCUGCCGUAUGUAAGUCUAUGCUUGCAAAUUGCUGAUAGCACCAGAAAUGCAGCGCUCCUGGUGUCACAGAAAUUUCCAAAACAUCUUUGUUGUUUUCUUCCUUGCCCACAGAUUUUGGUUUGGGUAAGCCUCCCUUCCAAUAUACUUGGUAAUUGGGUUAGGGAACAUUGCUCCACUCUUAAUCUACUAUAGUGUGGUAGCUUGAGCAUAAUUAAAACAGGAUUACAGUCCUUUUCAUUCUUAUGUUUACAGCUCUUCAUCACAGAUGUAGCCUGGGAUUGUUCACCAUUUGUCUUUUCCUCACCCAUGUUCACAUCUCUUAACAUUUCCUCCCUUUCCUUGCAAGAGCAAGUGAUCUGCAGCAUAGGCUCUUCUUCCAUUGCAGAGCUGUUUCACUCUUCACAUUGCAGUCCUGUUUGCCCAGGCUGUGCUGCUGAUUGUUGCAGUAAACACAUACUGAGGAAGGAAGACAUGUAUAUACCGUAUUUUUCGCUCGAUAACACGCACCUGACCAUAACACGCACAUAGUUUUCAGAGGAGGAAAACAAGAAAAAAAAAAAUUCUGAAUGAAACAGUGGAUGUAUCAUUUUUGUGCUUCAUGCUGUGGCCACAGACAUGUGAUUUGACGGUGAGUUUGGGGUAGCCCAAUGCAAAGAUCCUGAGAAUCCAUGUGGAUCUGUGCUUUGUAACCACAUUUUUGCACCAUUGCAGCCCCAGGCAACAGUGGGUGCGUGAUUUUUUUGGUGAGGCUGUAGCCAUGGACAUGCUAUGUGAUCUGAUGGUGAAUUUGGGGUGACCCAAUGCAAAGAUCCUGAGGAUCCAUGUGGAUCCGUGCUUUGUAACCACGUUUUUGCACCAUUGCAGCCCUGUUUUUGCAUCAGAUCAUUGCUAUGUGAUCUGAUGGUGAAUUUGGGGUGACCCUAUGCAAAGAUCCUGAGGAUCCAUGUGGAUCCGUGCUUUGUAACCAUGUUUUUGCACCAUUGCAGCCCUGUUUUUGCAUCAGAUCAUUGCUACGUUUUAAGUGGGGAGGGAAGGAAAAACAUAGAAGGGACAAGGAGCAUCGAGAGGGGUGUGCGGAGAAGCAGCUGGCUAAGAAUGCAGGAGAGGGGUUUUACCGGAGGGAGGAAAGGAAGGCAAAAGUUCCCCCCACGCACCCACCCAAGCCAGCCAGCUCUCUCGCUCUCUCCCCCACCUGCAUGUUGCAGCACCGGAGCACAAGAGGAAUUAGAAGGAAGGACACUCUGCUUUCCCCUCUGCUUGCCUGGAGGGGAGGGGUUUUCUCUGCCCUUUGAGCAAACACAGUAACAAACAGAAGCGGGUGGGCAGUAAGACCCUGAGGCAGAAUGCAGGAAAGCAGCAGCUUCCUCUUUUCAAGGCUUCCCUUCUCCGGACGAUUGAUAUUUGCCUGAUUUUUGCCUUCACUCGCGCCUGUCGGCUCCAGGGACCACACAUUCGCUCAAUAACACGCACAGACAUUUCCCCUUACUUUUUAGGAGAAAAAAUCUGCGUGUUAUAGAGGGAAAAAUACGGUACAUACACACACACACACACACACACACACACACACACGGGAGUUGCAAGUUGCCAUAGUUCCCCUGGCACCAAUCCACUGCAUGAGUCCUUUCACAGUGUGGGCUGUAUUCAGUGGUUGUGCAAAUGGAAAGCUGCUUAUGCAAUCAAUUUUCUUUUCCUCUCCUCCUCCCCUAAGACCAACUUCAGAGGUUUGGGGAGCCCUCCUGAACAGUGGCAGCUGUUUCGUAUGCGUUGAAAUGUGAAGGGGAAACCACCCAGAUCAGGAUAAAAUAGAUAUCGUGGCCAUUGGAGCAUUAUCCCCACACCCAAUGGUGCUUUCCCCCUAUCAUUGCAGUCUUGUGCAACACAGUUCCACUGUUAAUGAGGGUCACCAAACCACAGAAGCUGCCUUCUACUCAUCAAAUCACUGGAUGGAAGGUUCCAUGAGUGAGAUUCAACAUUGCAGCAGGACUUCCCUUGCUCUCUUCCUGCCUGCAACACCCACACCCUCCCAAUCGGCUCUGGAGAGUCUGCUAACCCUCUGGAGCAGAGUUUGAGGGAACGUAGGGGGCUGCAUGGUGGAAGAGAGACAGCGUAAAUCCCUUAAACAGUUGGGAUGUCGUGGUUGGAUAUCAUCCUGUGUACAUAGUGCAGCAAACCAGGCUGUAGUAGCAAAUGAAAUGCCUCUUUAGAAAUGACAUGGCGUUCUUGGGAUUUGUGACAAUUCUGAUUAUGGAACUCAGCUUUGGCCUUUCAAAAAUGAUUUCCACAUAGCCACAAAAGGAAGGACGUUAGACGUUUUGCACAGAAGAUGCAUUUGUGUAACAUGUAUGUGCUCCCAGUGUGCAAAAUGGAAAAUAAAAUAUCGUUGAACUGCGUAUUGACUGUUGCAUUCAUGUAAGUAAAACCCCAACUACUGAAAAUCAGUCAGUAAUAAAAUGCCACCUACUGUAUUUGUAGCAGACAAGAUGGGAAGGCAGAGGAAUAGUGGUUGUUAACCCAGUAAGUGUACUUAAUUUCCUGGUAGACUUUUGUGAUUCUGUGCCCUUGUGAAGCCAUGGGGAUGAAGAACAGCAUUCUGUUUAAUUCUAUGCAGUCUGUGGUAUUUAAGCAGCUCUUCCCUAAUAAGCCUUGAGUGUACCAAAAUUGACAAAAUAUCAUGAAACAUUUUUUCUGUCUUUUGUGCUUAAGACAUUACAUUCACAAUGCUGUUGUGACAGUAGCUUCAGGGGUGGUGGGUGAAACGCUCUCAACUACAAGAGCAGCCACGACGCAUACUCACAAAAACUGUAAUAACCUUGCACAGUUGAUUGGUGAUAAGUUUCUGGAGGCCAUUGCUUUUUCUUUGCCGACCAUUGGUUGUGCUGGGUGAGGGGGUGGGGGUGGGAAUUGGGAGUCAAGCAACAUUUGGAGGGUCAGGUUGGUCUGCUCUGCCCCGUAGGAACAGGAAGCAAGUUAAAAGUAAAAAGUUAUCAUGAACAGAUCCAUAUUUUUUCUAGAAUUGAGUUUCUGCUUGUCCCCGUGUUACGAUUCCAGAGUCCAUUAGUUACCCACGAAGCACCUCAAAAUAUUGACAGUUACCUGUAGAAAUAUACCCAUCAUACUUACUACUUUGUUUACAUAAAAAGCAAGGGUAGCCAUGCUGGUCCAUAAGGAGAAAAAAACACUGCAAAACCCCCACAACUGGCCAAUGAGUUUAUUUGGUCCUAAUGAAGUUAUUGCCCUGUUAGGGAUUUUGUAAUUUUUGAGUUUUCCUUUCGUCCCAUUCUCUCACCCUCCCAGCACCCUCAUUCUCCAGUUCUGUUAUUCUAAGAAUAUAUUUUGUAUUGUGAUGGUACACAUGUUCUCCUUAUCAACAUUCCAAUAAUGAAACAUUUGGGAGUGGGUCCAAAAACUUGCUGAGAUCCUGUGGAGUAAUGCCAGUGGAAAAUUCUUCUUGUGAUCGUGUACAGGAUAAGGGAGAAACUCCUUUGGAUUGUGUCAGCUUUCUCUUAGUUUUGCUCACCAUACUCUUUAGCACAUAUUUAACUUAAACUAGUGUAACUUAGUUUCCAAAGCCAUUCAACAUUUGCGUAUACUCCCAUUUAUCAACAAACAUGUCAGUAGUGCUAGCUAGCAUUUUUGUAACGUGGGUGUUAUCAGAUGGAGCUAAGACCAUCACUCAGAGCAAUUUAUGGCUUUCAAGAUUUUACAGAUUAUGCAAAAUUGCAAUACACCACAAAUUGCCAUGACAACAGUGAUAAAGAACUAAAAAAUGUACGUGCUGAGGAACCACAUGGGCUGGUGUACAAACUGUUUCCAAUCACCAGAGGUGAGAUAAUGCAGAAUAAAAGGAUUGCUAUCUGAACACUGCUUCACAGAGUAUUUGCUAAAGUCUAAAGUGGACAUACUGACAAAGUUUAUUGUGAAUGUCCUGAUAAAUCCUGACUGUUUUCACUUACAACUGCAGUUAAGCAGUCUCUGCUGUAAUAAAUUUGCUGCCACUGGCAGGCAAAAUUACUUGUGUUCCACAUAACUUGGGACUUGUAAAUUUGGAGGCAGAAACUGAAGUGUAACAUCAUCAUCAUCAUCAUCAUCUUCAAUUGAAUUUAUAUACCGCCCUAUACCCGGAGGUCCCAGGACGAUUCACAGAACAAAAUCAAAAUAUAAAAACACUAAAUAUAUAAUUAAAAUAAAUACAACAAUCCAGUAACCCCUCCCCCCCAAACCCCACAUUUUAAAAGGGCAUAGGAUGUCAAUCAAAUCAACCAAAGGCCUGGUUAAAAAGGAACAUUUUUGCCUCGUGCCUAAAAGUGAAUAAUGAAGGCGACAGGUGAAGUUCCCUGGGGAGAGCAUUCCACAGACAGGGAGCCGCUGCAGAGAAGGCCCGUUUUCGUGUUGCCACCCUCUGGACCUCUCAAGGAGAAGGUAUCUUUGUGAGUUAAUAUCCUGGGGACAUAAUGAUAUGGAGACGUUAUUUGGAAGGAUACACAUGGCCUGAUUAUGGCUUAGUAGAAAAGUAGGCAGGAAAACCCCCCAGAAAUAUCAUUGGUUAGAAUUGCCUAUGUAUCCUUUUAAAAUGGAGCAAGAUUUUAGUUUUAUCCAGACUAUUACUUUCUGUGUACCAUCCCUCCAACGUUUCUUGAAAUAUGCAGGUGGGAGGAAGGAACAGACAGACAGGAGCAGUGAGUAAAAACAACAACAACAAAGUAGGACAUGGUUUCUCUCGUGUUCUCUCCUUCCUUUCCCAGAUAUAUAAUUUAUUUGUUUGGUUUUCUUUCUCCGGUGUCUGAAAUGUUUGCUCCGUAUGUGUAGUAGAUAUUUACAUGUUUGGUUUGAAAUUGAAUGAUGGAGAUAUAUACACUUACAUACAUGUUGGCCAUGUGGAAUGUCUGUGAAGGUUAUAUAUUUGCUCUUUUUCUGUAUAUAGUGAGAGGGUGGGGAGGGGUAUUACUCAGAAGGGUGGUGGGAAUGGGUGAUUGCAUAUUCGGUAGGAUAAGUGGAUUGUAGAGGGUUCUUAAUUCUAAGACCCUUAGGUAUAAUGUCCAGGUCCUUGCAUUUAGUCAGAAAGAAGAUGUCAGUCUGUACCUGUGCAAGUUUCUUGGUGAGGUUGAUGGACUUCCAUUUCAUGUGGCUCAAUGUGGUGCCUUCCAUAGUUCUAGUUACAGGUAGGUAGCCGUGUUGGUCUGCCGUAGUCGAAACAAAAUAAAAAAAAUUCCUUCCAGUAGCACCUUAGAGACCAACUAAGUUUGUUAUUGGUAUGAGCUUUCGUGUGCAUGCAGUGUAUCUGAAGAAGUGUGCAUGCACACGGAAGCUCAUACCAAUAACAAACUUAGAUGGUCUCUAAGGUGCUACUGGAAGGAUUUUUUUUAUUUUGUUCCGACUACGACCUACCUGUAUCUAGAAUUUUUACUAAGAGUAUAAAAAAUGGCUUCCAUUAUUUGUUCCUAGUGUUUGGUACUUGGGUGGAGAUACACUGCCCCUUAGCAUGCAUGUAGCAGAGGGUUUUUAAGAGUAUUUAAGGAAGCAAACCUGUUUCCUAAGCAUCGUAGAUAAGCAUAUUGGUGAUAAGGCAUAUCAGAAGAAAGUGGUGAUAAAUUCUGUUGUCAAAAGAAUGAAAUUUGGUGUUUAUACUGAGAGGCACAAAGUGCUGUUUAACAUUUCCCACAUUCUUUUUCUUCCAUAACAUCAACAAAUAGUAUUCUUCAACAUAUCCUUUAUGUAAUUUGAUUUACAAAUUUAUAAGAACAUUUGAAAUAGGUGGUUAGGUAGCUUUUGCUUGGGGAAUAAAUAUUUGUUUUUUUAAUCUAACUUUAGUUGCAUAACAUCUUAGGCAUCCCAAAUAUAUCUGCAGUUGCCUUUUCAGAUGUUUACAUUUUUAAAGGUAGUACACCAAGCUGACUCUCAGAGCACUGUGGUACACUGUAACAGUAGGAAAGAUCAGCUCAGAAAAAGGCAGGGGAACCUCCUUGGCAUUCUAGUUGAUAAAUCAGCUUAAGAACUGUAGAUAUUUGGUAUUUUUCUUUGCAUUUUACACCUUCGGGAAAUAUAUUAAACCUUCUUUGCCUUUAGAAUGUUUCCAAACCAAUCCAAAUCUUUAUUAUGGUCAUAGAUCAGCAUAAGAUAAAAGCACCUCCAUAAAUAAAUAAAACCUGCUAGAUAGGCAGUAGGACAACUGCAGAAGUACACAUACUCAUACUCUCAUUUACAGUAGACCAGUUUGAAAAAGUUGGUAAUGGGGUAUUAUUUCAUGUCUCUCAUUUUUUGUAAUUCUCAACAUAUUACCUACCCUUUCUACCUUUUUAUUUUGCAGAACUUCUAAUGAAGAUCCUAUGAUUAUCUGAGCUCUAAUAGCUGGAUCCUCGGAUAUCAAAGCUGGGAGAAAGUACUUCUGAAACCAACAUGUAGCAGAUAGCUACUGUUCCGUCAGAUUUGCUGCUUUUGGCCAAGGUGUUUGUCUUCUAGACUUCCCUGUGCUUUCAGCAGUGAAAGAAUCAUUCUAGGGAUUCUUAUUUCUUGGGUGGUGAAUGAGUUUCGUUGACAGAAACUGAAAUUGGAUUUCACGUGGUUUUUUGUUAAACUGAGGAACCAUGAGUAGUAAUCUUGGGAAAGAAAAAGAUUGUAAGGAGAAGGACCCAAAAGGGUCUUCAGCAAAGGAAAGGGAGAAAGAGGCCAAGACUUCUGGUGGAUUUGGGAAAGAAAGCAAAGAGAGAGAGCUUAAGACCAAAGGGAAAGAAGCCAAAGAUGGGAAGAAGGACUCCAGCGGUGCACAGCCGGGUGUGGCUUUUUCAGUGGACAAUACAAUAAAACGACCUAAUCCAGCUCCAGGUGCUCGCAAGAAGUCCAGCAAUGCCGAGGUGAUCAAAGAGCUAAACAAAUGUCGGGAGGAAAAUUCAGUACGCUUGGACUUGGCCAAGAGGUCGAUACACAUACUCCCACCAUCUGUCAAAGAGUUAACGCAGUUGACGGAACUUUAUUUAUAUGGAAACAAACUGCAGUCACUACCGUCUGAGGUGGGCUGUCUUGUGAAUCUGGUGACACUGGCCCUGAACGAGAACUCACUUACCAGCCUCCCUGACUCUCUUGAUAACUUGAAGCAGCUUCGCAUGGUUGAUUUACGACACAACAAACUGAGAGAAAUUCCCCCAGUGGUGUACAGGCUAAGGUCUCUCACCACACUUUAUCUACGCUUUAAUCGUAUCACAGCUGUGGAAAAGGAUAUCAAAAACUUGUCGAUACUCAUCAUGCUCAGCAUACGGGAGAACAAAAUCAAGCAACUACCUGAAGAAAUUGGUAAGAGUGAUUUUUAAAACCCUGUACUAAAUCUUAUUAUGUAACAGUGGAUUGAAUUGUUAUCCAUGGGCAAGAGCCACCUUUGCAGAAAUGAACUGCUGCUCCCUAGGACCCCCAAAUCUGCUCUCUUGUGUCCGCUAAUGCUCAAUCUGCUUUGCAAGUAAUGUCCAUUCUGCUGGUGGAUGGGCUUCACCAAAUUAAUGCAUGCCGUGUGGCCAUUACAUUCCUAAAGCACUGAACCAUACCUCAUAUAUUUCUCUGGUGUUCAGCUACUGUCCCACAAAUUUUAUUCCUUCAUAUUGGACUCCAUGAAACAGGCUUAGUUCUUGAGGAAGGAAUACAACCAUUUCUUGGCUCCCAGAUACAGUGUUAGAUAUUAAGGAUUGUGUAUCUGUGCUGCCUAAGACAUAAGUAGUAGUAUUGUAUGGGGGUAAAGUCGAGAAAGUUAGAAAUGCCUUUGUAAGAAUUGGGGUACAAACAACACUUUAGGAGAAAGCAGUUUUGGUGCUAUCUAAUUACUGAUCAGUAUGCCUGCAAUUAAUCUUUUCAUAAAUGUAACAUUGAAUCAUGAAUUCACAUUUCUUUCAGGAGUGGAAACUUGCUUAAGUUGCAAAAAUGGCACGGCUAGUAUUUUAACUAAGAAUCUGAGUAAAUUUAAUAUUUUUAAAAUAGGUCAAGAGAUUCCAUUAUGAAUUGCCUAUAGAAAUUCAAUAACUUUCCAACUCCUUUCCUAUAAGCCAUAAUACUGAAAAGGCUAUGAUCAUUUGACAGUACUGUUAGGAGGGAUGAGGUUUAGGGAAUAUGUUGGCUGGUCUCUUGAAUUAAGACCAUAUGGGGAUAGCAUAAAGACCUGAAGAGGUAUCAUGCAGAGCAAAAAUUUCCACAUUUAAACUAUGUACAUCUUAAACAGUUCCUAACUAUAUACAAAUGUAUGCAACAGGAUAUAUGUGUGAUCACCUACUUUGCUUUGUUGCUGUCAUUUUUCCACUUUUAUUUACUUAUCACUGGGUUUUUUUGGUCUCUUGUUUCCCUCUAACCUUACUCCCCUCCAUUUCUUUCCACUUGCUGAUGUGUAUAUGUGCCUGCCACUUUCGGUUUGCAGUUUAUUAAUUUGUUAGUCUUAAAGUGUUUCAAGAUACUUCUAUUUUAUUUUGUUCAAGAAAUUCAGCUUUCUUUCAGCUGGCCUCUUUCCUUAAAAUUCUUUUAGUCAUUCUAGUUUUCUUUUAAUAAGUAAACGUGGUUCUGAUUUAAGACAAUGUUACGACACUUAAAUUUAAUUUUAAUCCAAACAGGCAAGAUGCAUCCAUGUACUCCAUCCUGAUACAGUGACAAGUAAAGCAGCAUAUGCAAACAGGAUACACUCCUAUGGGAUUUCUAUUAUUGAAGUCACUCAAAAAAUUGCCUGUUCAUGCAGUGUAUGCUUCUAUACAGUUCUUGUACUUGGAAACAGUUGGAGAGGGAUUAUGAAGGCUGUUUAUUGCUGUAGACUCUUCCUUAGGGCAAGUUACUCUCUAAAAACUCAUAGAAACCUCGUGGGGGUUUGUGUGCCUCCAUUUUUGUGGCUGGAGUGAACUUAAUAUAUUCACUUGUUUAGUAUAAUUUUGAAACAAGUAUUAGUUUUGCCAACCUUUGCCCACUGCAGCUUCUUUAAGUAAAUGCAGUGUAAUUUUUUUUUGCUGCUGAAGGGCAUAAGGUGCACAUCUAGUGCAAAAUUAAGUAAAAAUGGUUAGGCGUUAGGGGAUGUUUGAUGUGGCAGCAGCAUAACUCAGCUUAGGUCAUGUUGAAUUUGUGUAAAGUGUGUGAACUGAUUUGUGGACAAUUUAAAGAACAGUAGAAACAAGCAACAACUUGAUUCUCACAAAUGGUUCAUGUUUACUUUAGCUGUUAAUCUCUGCCUUUGCGCAGUGAUAUCAGACUAAUCUUUACCACUUUUAUUGGUAGCUGCUUAUAUUUGUCUUGCUUUUGGAACAAGACUUAUUGCUGCUGCCCUUUUGACUUGUGUGAUACCUUUGAGGAAAGCAAUUGGAAAUACUGUUCUCUGCUGUGUCUGUUGGGAGAAGGACUACACAGUGCUUGUGUAUUUUUGUAUAUCCACUGUGGCUCCAGAGAAACCACCAAAGGAGGUUUAUUUUUCUCUUCUCUGAACUGUUUAGUCUGAGGUGUCGCACCGUAUUAAAAAUGCGAAGUCCUGCCAACAGCUAAUGCUAAGAAUUAUGCAUUCCUGAAGAAAACAUUGGGGAUCCCCUAUUGCCUAAGGUAGAUCUAGCUUAUUAUCCAUAUCUCUCUAGGAAAUCCUCCAUUCCAUUGAAGCAAGGGUGAAGAGUGGGAUAAAAUUCAAAAUUAUAGUGAGUCACAGAAGAAGCAUGAGAAAUAUGAAGAAACAAAUGGGAGUGUCUCUGACUGAAUCCAAAGCAUUCUUGUAAUCUUAGGUUUACCUUAUGCAUUCUUUUAUAGCUAGUUUGUUGUACAUGUUCAUUUCUAGAGGCACUUCAUACAAUUAGUUUUAUUUUCACACAAAAUAGCUUUAUUAUUCAAUGCAUGCAUUCUCUAAUAAAACUACUGACUGAAAUGGUGACAGGUUUCUCUAUUUUUCACAGAUAUGCACAUGUAAGUAGCAAAGCAGGUGAAAGCAGAUGCUUCUAAAAUUAUUCAAUUUGGGGUGGUUUGGGGAAAUUGCAGUAAAGGCUGACCUACAUAUUUUGAACAUCCCUGUUGGACAGGUUUUUCAAGUAAGGGGUGGAUGGUGUGUAAUGCGAGUUGUUGGUUGCCAUGCCCAAGAGAUGUAAAGCUUAUUUAAUUUAAUUAAAAGAAAUUGUUUCCCGCUCUUCUAUAAGAUGAGCGUAACCUCUGCUACCUUCUGAGUUUUUCACAAGACAGCAAUAGAAUUGUAGAUAUGAGAUAUGAUUGAUGGGCAGUGCUCCAGGUAAACCCAGAGCCAGUAAGACAGCUUGCUGUUCUAUAUGUUAGCAAUGAGAGAAAUGAGAAUGGAUUUCUAAGAGCUUAGUGGACUCCUGAUCAGAAUUCAUAAGAUAAUUGUUCUUACAUGGGUAGCUGGCAGGAAAAGAAAAAUGAAGGCUCAUUGUUUUUGGUAUACAGUGGUACCUCGGGUUACAUACGCUUCAGGUUACAUACGCUUCAGGUUACAGACUCCGCUAACCCAGAAAUAUUACCUCAGGUUAAGAACUUUGCUUCAGGAUGAGAACAGAAAUCGUGCAGCAGCGGCGCGGCAGCAGCAGGAGGCCCCAUUAGCUAAAGUGGUGCUUCAGGUUAAGAACAGUUUCAGGUUAAGAACAGACCUCCAGAACAAAUUAAGUUCUUAACCCCAGGUACCACUGUACUGGCACUUUAAAAAUCAAUCAGGGAAUAGAAAUUCCAGUACAGUACUUACUAUAAGCUUAGUAAUAUUUUUCAAUGCCAGAAUUUUAAAAAAUACUUCAAGUUUUUAAAUUCUCAGGUGUUAUAACAAUAUAAUUUAGGUUACCUUUUUAUGUAGGUAGAGAGUCUAGAAGAGGAUUAAUAAACACUGUUGCUAGCAGACAUACACGUAUGUCAUUGACUGCUCUGUAUUGACUUAGUUUGACUCAUCUGCUUGUUACUAAAAUUUUAUUUAAUGCAAUCAGUAUGCUGGAUAAUGUGUUCAGGUCUCAUAAUACUCCUCAGUGGGCUAGCACAGCUUAAGAAAAAUGGAGGGGAGAUGACUUCAGAGAAGAGGUCAGAAGACAAAUGCUAAUUGAAGCAAAAAUCUAGAAUUGCUAAUAUUCCUAAAUUCCUUUUCCUUAUGUGCACAGGGAAAGCUUUCUAUGCAUUCCCUUUGUCAUCUAAUGCAGGAUUUAUUAUGAUGUAAAGGGUUUUAGAAUUUUCAAUCUGCUUAUGGAGAGAGCGAGAGUGUGCAGCCGGUCAGGAGAGUUGCAUAUCAUCCUUGCAGUAUCAAAUAUUUUCCACCAAGUUAAUUGUGGCAGGAAGAAUGCAUACAUACAUACAUACAUACAUAGUUCACAACAAGUGAAGGUAGCCAUGAUGGCUGUAAGAAAAAUUAUACAAUCUGCAUUAUGGCAACACCUUUACUAGGCCAACCAAAGUGUCUCAAAGUAGCGUGCAAGCUUUUGGGUUCUGGAAGAUGCUCCAUCAGGCUAGAUGGUAAACAAAAUGGGAUGGACAGGAAACAGGCUGACUCUAUAAAGUCUCCAUUUAGUUAUAGUCUUAUGAUGGAACAUAGGAGUGGCAGACCUUCAGAUGGGGCUCUGCUAGGUGAUAUGCAGGUUUCAGGUUACAUCUAAGGCUGCUGGAAAGAAAAUAGGAUGACUAAUCCACCUAUCUUUGAAAAGAUAAAGUUGAGCAGUUACUUGGAUCCAUCUCCAUCCUUAGGUGAAACACAAAGGUUUCAUAGAAGGUGGAAAAUGGGAAUUAAAAGCAAUCAGUUUGUUUUUAUAUAAGCUAAACUGGAGAUUCGGUUCAAGUGAAGAAAAAAAUGAACAUUACUGUUUUCCUUGUAUCUGUGCGUCUCAAUGAGAUGUGAGAUGCCUCCCUCCUUAAAUGAAAGCAUGACAAUAUUAAGCAGCCUAUAUAUAGGAGAAAGUCUGUGUGUUUUAAUGAGGGAAAAUAUAUAAAUAAGACCGGUUUUUCAUCUUCAUUGUGAGAAAUGGUAGAUUUGCUGUUUCUGCUAGAGUUCUACUUAUACAGAAUCAAUAUCUGUAUCUGUUUCUAUAACAUUUUAAAGAAAAGCACUCUAUCGGUUGUUUUAUCAGAAGUAAUUAGGUUCAUGGGACUUACUUCCAGGUAAGUAAGCAAAGAAUUCCAGCCUCGAAUUCCUGCCCUAAAUUAGAAUUAAUCAGUUCUUGCCAGGUUUUUAAUUUAGGGAAAACUGUCCUUAUAAAUACCAUGUUAGCAAGAUAAUUUUAGUACUGUGAAAAGUGCUAGGUAUAAGAGCAGCCACGUUGGUGCAAAACAGAAAAAGAAAUUUAAAAUGCAGAUUCUUCUAUUGGGAAGAAUACCAGCACCAUACAAUUACUAUUCUUAUUCCUUCUUUACUACAUUACAUUGAGAAGAGAAAUUGUGAAAUUGUGUGGGUUGGGAUUAGAGGUUGAAACUUGACAAUGCCAUGCAUGCCUUAAAGGUGGCCUUUUGCGUCUGCACUGUUUAGUCCUGAGCAGAACAAUGACUUAUUAAUACUUGUAUCUUUGUGCACUUUCAGGUGAGUUGUUUAACCUCAUAACACUGGAUGUAGCACACAAUCAGCUUGAGCAUCUUCCAAAGGAGAUUGGAAAUUGUACACAGAUCACCAAACUUGACCUACAGCACAACGAGCUCCUGGACCUUCCAGAUACCAUAGGUAUGUAAAUAUGUAAAUAUCUUUAUUUUUUGGCUUCACGUUUUGGGGAGUGUGACUAGUCCAGGGUAAUCCAAUGCAGGCAUUUGGACUUAUCCCUUGCCAUUCUGUGCCCAAAUCUCUAGCGACAUUUGCUGAGAAUCAGUAUUGAAGGCAGGUAAAUAUAGAAGCUAAUUAGUCUAAAGAUGACCAACAGUAAUGAUCAUUGCUUAAAUACAUGCUUUUAAUGUAACUUUUAAAAAUUAAAUUUGAUUUGACAAGAUUUGUGAUUAUCUCAUUCUGCAACUGCUAAAAUUUACUCAUUUUGAAAUUUAUAAAGUUUAUUUUUUUGUAAAAAAUCUAGCUGUAUUUCUGAAAAACCUUUUGCUACCACCUAAAUGGAAAUACUGUUUGUAAACUUCAACAUGAAUGGAAUGAAUAUUCUUUCUAAACUGCUUUAAUAACUCCAUGUUACCACAUGUCUGCCUGUGUAGUGAAUUACAGUUAUUUAGUUAAUUUGUGCCAUUUAUUGAUUUAGUACAAAUUAUUUCCUGUGAGUGGAAAUUUAUAUUUCCCCAAAGGACAUUUUCUCAUUGCUCAAACUUGUAUGUAGACAACACGAAUAACAAAUCCCAAAGCUUAAUGGGUGUCAAAAAAUUACCCAUGAACAGUAUUUUGCCCUUAUGGGAGAAACCCAUGUCCUAGAUCCUGAUCCAUCUCCAGGUUUUCCAUAGCCCUAGAAGGACUGUUUUUAACCGUUUCUCAGAGCUCCCUCAAGCACUAAUUUUGAUGAAGUCCAGCAAAGAGACUUCAGCCUAGCAACUCCAGAGACCAUAUCCAGAAGCCUUGCAUCAGCUCUAAUUAUAUUGAGAUCUUUGACAUUGUUUUUUCUGCCAAGGCUUUGGACUGCUUAAUCUGAGUUUUAAAUAGGUUGGGGAUAACUGCAGGAGGCUGAUGUCUUCUUCAGCUGAAUAUACAUGAACUAUAUAUAUAUAUAUAUAUAUGUAUAUGUGUGUGUGUAUGAGCUCAACCCAGGUUGUUACAUACCUCCCCCACAUACAUGGUUUUGCAGCCCCUGCUCCAUCUACUUUGUAGAGUAAGGGGUGGUUGACAUGGUUUUGUCUCAAGAGCCACAUUCACCCUUGACCAGCUCUCCAGAGGCUACAUGCCAGCGGUGGGUGUGACCACCCCACGCUCAUCCAUGCAGGCUCUUGCAAGCAUGAACACACACCAUGUAUACACAAACACAUACACACAGACACGUGUGUGUUUGGACAUGGUACAAGCACACAGCUUCCCUUCCUCCAACUCAGCUUAUCCAAACAGAUCAGUUGAGGAAGGGAGUGAUCGACUUACUCCCUUGUAACUUUACAGAACUUUUGUUUGGCAUUAGCUUUUGCAGGCAAGAUUCUGCCUGUCAGAUUUAGAUCGCAGCCCACACAAGGAUUUUGAAUAGUGAAAUUGCUAAUAGGUUUUGCCAUUUCAGAUGAUUAUCGUAACUUAGAUAUUGACACCAUCAUAUGUGUGUUCAGGCAUCAUUCCAGGUACUAUUGAUGUCCCAUCAUUAAGGUUCAACAUGCCUUCCCAGAGACUUCUGUAAAGAUCAUAAAGGGUGUGUGUGUGUGUGUGUGUGUGUGUGUGUGUGAAAACUGACAACAGUUUUCCUUGCAACAUCUAGCACUUGGCUCCAGUGGACCAUAGGUGUGCAUUGGAUGCAUGAAAAUUUAAUUGUUAGCACAAUGAAACAUUUGCCUGAAAGUCAGUGCUUAAAUCUUGAAAUUAACAAACACAACAGAGUAGAUGGGCUGGUGGUCCUAAAGUCUGUCUGUCUGUCUUUAACUUCAGUCUUCAGCAGAAUUUUUGUUUCAUUUCAAUUAGAGAUUAAAUGUAAUCAUCUUCAAGCAGAUUGUAGCAGUCACUCACCUCUUAGUUAUUUCAAGAACCACACACCAAUCUCUGAACUCAACCGACUGUGUUUUUUCUCCCCCUUUGCACCUUCUUUUGGGAAUGGUUUGCUAUAGAUAAUAUAGGUUUCUAAUUAUUGAAACAGGUUUUUGUCUUUAGAUUUAAAUUUCUGUCCUCCCUCUUUUUCUUCUUCUUCAUUGUUCUUCAGAGGCACAGUUCACAAGAAACUUCCAUACAUGGAAUGACACUCAGUUCCAUGUAAGAGAGCUUCUAUGUUCCUGCCCAGCUAUCUGCAGGAAAAAUAUUUUAUCACCUUUCCAGGCCUAACUUGCUGCAGCCCUGGAGAGGCUGGUGAAUGCUAAAUAAAUAUAAAUUCAGAGAUGAAGCAUCACAUAGUUAUCAUUUAUUAAAACCAUUAAUGAGGCACUAAUAUAGAAAAGGCACAUGCAAAUAACAUAAAAAUCAAUUCAAAUGCAUAAAUGCCACAAAACCAGUGAAUGAUUUAAAACCAAAAACACUAGCGAUUUUCCUUCCUUGGUAGUGGCCUUCCAAAGCUUUGUCUAUUGUAAGCCAAAUCUUAGGGCCAAACUACAAGUGACACAAGUCAUAUAUUUAAACAAGUGUGCUUAACAUGGCCUCUUUUUUAUUUUGGAGAAAAAGCAUCCUGAUCUGCAGCAUGUGCCUGGCUUAGAUCCACACUGGUUUCUGCUGAAUGUCACUCCUUAUCUGGGUGCUGUCUCCCACCCCAGUUGUUGUUUGCAGCAAACAACACUUUGGGGUCAAAUCAGCCAGAAGUGUGUGAUUUUCAGGACGAAAGUGUUGUGGCCCCGGAACUGGACCCAGGUGCAUGUUCCAGAUUGGGUUGUUUUCUAAUCCAAAAUAAAAGGAGCCUGGCUAAGUACCCUUGUUUAAAUAUGUGACCAAUGUUGUUUAUUGUUUGGCCCUUAAUCUCAAAUAAGCACUUCUUCAUUUUUUUAAAGGCGUUGUUUAUUUUUAAAUUCAAAUUAGAUCUGAACAUGUGGCAGCUCUUGAUAUUCCCAAAUUACUACUUUACAUGGAGCCUGCUUUAUUUUUGAUUCCUGUGUACAGUCAUACCUCGGGUUACAGCCGCUUCAGGUUGUGUUUUUUCGGGUUACGGAUCACCGAAACCCGGAAGUACCAGAACGGGUUACUUCCAGGUUUUGGCGGUCGCACAUGCACAGAAACACUAAAUCAUGCUUUGCACGUGCACAGAAGUGCCAAAUUGCAACCAGCGCAGACAUGGGUUGUGAAUGCUGCAGGUUGCGAACGUGUACCCCGCACGGAUCACGUUUGCAACUUGAGCAUCCACUAUAUUGGGGAAGCUCUCAGAGUUUGUUCUGAGGUUUGGGAGGAGAUGUAACCUACUGUACUUCUUUUCAUGUGACUCAGGUCUUGCCCAAUGUAUCAUCAUAGUGGAAAUCAAGCUGACAGAAGCUGAGCUCUUAUAUAGAAUUACUGUUUGUAAAGGGGCAUUUUUGGUGGUGGUUCCCUUUAGAGGAUCCCUGUGUCUAAGGAUGUGAACAAGUUGUUUGGAGAGCUUCAGUUUAUUUGUUAGCUCAUUAUAUUUUUAUUUUUUAAAUCUAAGUAUUUAUGUUCUGCAUUCCCAAGCAAAUAACCUUUACAAAGUGACUAACGAACUAACCAAAUAGUAUACAUGCUUUAAAAAACCAUCACAAUUACCACCCAUAUUUCCCUUAAUAUAAAUUUAUUUGCUGAAUUAAUAUCCCACCCAAAUUACCCCAGAUCAGUUCCUCAUCAAUUUAUUUUCCUUCAGUUAAUUUCACUCCCAGAUUCUGCUUAAAAUCAUUCCCUCCAUAAUUAAUAACCUCAAAUUACAUCCUGAUAAGCCCUACUUAGUUCCCCAUACCCUAUCCAGAUAAUCCCAAAUUGAUCUCUCCCCGAAGUCAUUACCAACCCAGAUACUGUUCUAAAUUUGUUUCAUUUAAAUUAACCAUCAAUCCUUAUCUUUACUGGAGAGGUGGUUGCCUAUUGCUGCAAGUCCUUCUGCAUUAAAAGAGACACUUGCCCAAGUCCUGCCUCUGUAGUUCUUGUAAAUAACCUGUAUGAAAGCAAACAUUAGAAAACAUUAUCUUCCUGGUUUAUUAUAUAUAUCUCCAACUAAUCAAAAAGGUACGUAAAUUAAAGGUUAUAGCCCAUCUUUUAAAAAAAGAGAAACGCUUCUAGGAAGAGUUUCCUAUAAUUAAAUAGCUUGUACUGUGUGUAGACUUGCUCCUUGAAAAAAAGCAUUACACUCUUCAGGAUAGCCUGGUACCUUGCUAAUGCUGGAGACUCCAGCAUCCCUAUGGCACUUAUUGUGGAUGAUUUAAGAUGGUGGCUGCUUGAUGAAGAUGAGAGUCAAGAGUCAUACGAACUUAUCACUGCUGUUCACUAGGGUGAACAGAGAGUUAAGGAUUCAAUGGUAGGUGGAUCAAAAGUCCUGCAAUAUGAAAUCUGGCCCACUGUAUUCGGAUACAUAUGCUUUAACUUGAAUAAUUUUCAAAAGCUUUUCAUAGGCCUUUUUCUGUAACCUUCACCGUUUUGAUCCAUUGCUAGCAGGGAUUCCUAAGAGGAAUCUUGGCAGUUUGCAAAUAUUAAAGAGGCUUGAGAAAACAAUUGCUUACUCUUCCUACUGAGAUCCACUGAGGUUACAGGAAAAUAGAUUUUGCUACAGACUUAAUGUAUCUGUUGUGCUCUCUACCCUGGCCUCUUCUUGCAUUCUGGGCUACUUAAUAUCCUCAUAGGACUUCUCUAAAUGCUUUGACUAUCAGCAUUAUUUUUGAAAGGUCAAGUGUCACCCCCAAACUGCCUAUUAAAAUAGUCAUUUAGGUGAAUGGAGUUAAAGUUGUAGGUCCAACUUUUUAAUCUUGCCAUUGUGUGUUUGUUAGACCUCGUUGACGGUGUAAGCAGUGAUAAUCUUCAUCAUUCUGGUCUUUAUUAAUUCAAAAUUUAAGUUAUGAAUAGCUUACUUAGAAAAAGGAGUGUUGAGCCGUUAAUUCUGUGGGAAGCUUUGUGUAACAAGGAAAAUGCAGAUGUAAAGUCCUGUACUUUGGAAACAAAUCCAGGCAAGUUCAAUACAAGCAUCUUCUAAAUGCCUAUGAGCAAAAAGUUGUUAUGGGCAAAGGUUACAAGCAUCACUGUAAUUUGGUACCUUGUCUAUUUCUGUAUUACUCAUGCUGUGCUAGGUGGCUAAGCAUCAAUUUGUAUGAAGCUUUCAGGUCCUUUGUGUUCGGGAUCUGGUUCCCUUAAGCCAGCCUUUAUCAACCUGUGGGUCCCCAGAUGUUGUUGAACUACAACUCCCAUCACCCCUAGCUAGUCCUCAUGUCUCUCUACUUUGUUUCCAUUGUGGCUACAGAAAAAGGGAAAUCUGUCUAUCGGUCCUGUUUUUUCACCACCAGCCUGUUUGGCAGAAGGCAGUUGUUUUAACUCACAUGCUAAGACGCUAGUAUCCUACAUUUCAGGGCUGGAAUAGGGGAGAAUUUCCUCCCCUCUGCAGGCAGCAUGUAAACCUAGGCUACUAGCCUCUUAGCAAGCUAGUCAAAAAAUGUGAAAGCUACUAACUUUUGUAGGGACGCGGGUGGCGCUGUGGGUUAAACCACAGAGCCUAGGACUUGCCGAUCAGAAGGUUGGCGGUUUGAAUCCCCGCGACGGGGUGAGCUCCCGUUGCUUGGUCCCAGCUCCUGCCAACCCAGCAGUUCGAAAGUACGUCAAAGUACAAGUAGAUAAAUAGGUACCGCUCCGGCGGGAAGGUAAACAGCAUUUCCAUGCGCUGCUCUGGUUUGCCAGAAGCGGCUUAGUCAUGCUGGCCACAUGACCCGGAAGCUGUAUGCUGGCUCCCUCGGCCAAUAAAGCGAGAUGAGCGCCGCAACCCCAGAGUCAGUCACAACUGGACCUAAUGGUCAGGGGUCCCUUUACCUUUUUACUAACUUUUGUGAGUUUAUUUACAAGACUGUGAUACUUGAUAGACAAAAAAUUGUCUGUGUCUUCCUUUAUGCAUAGCAGAGUACAGAGCACAUAAGAUUAGAUUGCUUUGUGUGAUCUAGUUUUCCAUUGGCAAAAUAGGUAGCCAGACCUCGCUUAUGUCUGUUUGCAAACUUCCCUAGAAUCGUGAUUAGUAUGUUUUAUGAGUGUGAAGCUUAUGUUCCCAGGAAAAGGAGGGAUGUCAUUCUGCCCAAAGGUGCUGCAGAGUGUGAUGGUGGCAUGCAAAUUUACACUUUAAGCUUCUGUGGCAAUCAUUCUUCUUAUUGGUCUGAGAAAUAGCUAAGCUUGGUAAUAAAAAUGGAUAUGGACAAAGGUGUCAUAAAAAGCCAGUAUUAAUUUUUUUUAUAAUCAUGACUAUAAAUAUAUUUCUGCAGUAACAAAGUUUUUAUUCUUCACCUGUGAAUUCUGUUUAAACUGCCAAUCCUAAGAAAUUUAUCUCCCACACCUAAUAAGAGCACCUUGUAGCAAAAAACAUUUAACUGUAAUUUUGCAUCUCAUGAAGUUUUAUAGACUGACAAGUGUUGGGGCUUUCUGUUGACGAAAUGGAUAGCUUGCCCUGGCAAUAUUGAUCUUAUGCUCAGUGUUGCACCAAGAGAGAUGUAUCAAUUUGCAAUAUAGUCUCAUGGGUUAAGUUCAGAAAGCAUUAGGAGAUGGCAGCAGGUUUUUCAUUAAUUAUCCGCUGGCACAUGCAGCUCACAUGCAAGGUUUUUAUGUCCUUAAUUGUAUUGCUUUUGACGUCUGCUAAUUUCCCCUUCCUCUGUUCUUGCAGAAAUGCUUACCCUUGUAAUCUGAAAUGUGUAAAGUGGUCUAAAGUACUAGAGUGAUGAGUGGCCAGUAAUGUUUAAAAAGAAACAAACAGAAAAACUUAGAUGUAUGCUUUGAGAGAAUUGCUGGGCAGCUAGAGAUGAAAGCAAAGCUGAGUAGUGUAAAUUGAUUACACCAAAAUGGGACAUAGCUGAAAUUCUGAAUCCUUUACCAGUGUUUGCAUCUAUACUUGGGAAAUCCUUUGAAAAUAUGCUGCUGCUCAAAAUAUGCAGAGAUAUUAUUGUGGAAAGAAUGUGUUUACUGAAAAAUAAAAACUCUAGGAAUUGGUUCUUUUCCAAGAAAAUGCAAGCAGUGGUAGUCCCCUUCUCCCAGCUUCUAAAGCAAAUCUCUCUUAACCCUCUUUUGUUUUUAGGAAACCUGUCCAGUCUGAAAAGCCUCGGGCUGAGGUAUAACCGGCUCUCAGCAAUACCCAGGUCUCUAGCACAGUGCAGUAAACUUGAUGAACUGAAUUUGGAGAACAACAUGAUUUCUGCUUUACCAGAGGUGAGGCACUCUACAGUUUUUGUAUGAUUGAGGCUUAAUGUUGUUUAAAUGUUGCUCUAAAGCACUGGAACCAGCAUUAGUUUUAUUGAAGACAAAUGCUCUGGAAAUGGAAGGCUGCUGAAAUUUGCCAAAUUGGAUGUAAACUAUUAGCAUUAGCACUAAUUGAAUGGGAAUGAAUGGAUAUUGCUUGAAGAAGUUGCUGCUGUGAGAAAGUUGCCUGAAAGCUUUUAAGAACAAAGCUGAAUUGCCCCUCCCUAGCGCAUUAUGAAAGUUACUCAAGUGUAAUUAAAUAUACAAAGGAGACUGACAGCAAAACAGAUUGCUUUAUCAUAAGAUAAGUUUGGCUCCCAAUCCAAAAACUCUUUUAACAAAUAAAAAUGCUUUAUUCAGAAGUGCUAGUCUGUGUAUAAAUUGUAAUUGUUGCUGAAAAGAGCCACUUGCAUGUUAGUGUAGUGGGGUAAUCCAUUAAAGCAAGUCUCUUUGGCAGCAGAAGAAAGAAAACAUUUGUAAAGAAAACUGCAGAAUUGCAAAAUAUACCAAGCUCAUGAUGAUGCAAUGCCUAAUAAACAUUAGAUCUUAAAAGACUAGUUUGGGAGAGGCAGCUGUCCAACAGUAUUCAUAAAUAGUAAGUACUUUGUUUCUUUUCGAAGCAGUACAUUCAUUAGCCAGCCUCUUCUCUGAUCCCUAAAAAAAUAAUAAUCAGUGUGUUUGAAAAUGGCUAAAAAAUGUAAUAUCUAUGUGGCUGAGUUUAUUAUGACAGCCUUCAGCAUCAAGCUUUCGCAGAUUUCAAUAUUCUUUGAAAAGUCGGUGGUGCCAAAGCUCCAUUGCAAUCUUUGGCAUGAAGAACUCUCUUAAAUAUGAUUAAUAUGAAAUACCUUAUGAGUUUAGGGCAACAUGCAGACUUUUGCUCACUCUCUGUGCUCUCCUCAAGUCUGCUCUGGAGGUACCCCAGCACUCUGGAGCAGAUUUUGGGAGGGUGGGCUUGGGGCUGCAGGAGAAAGAAGAAGAAGGGGAAGUCCUGUUGCACCAGUAAAAAUAUGUUUUGCUGGAGGGUGGUUACUGCUGGAUAUUUUGAGAGUUUACUGAUGGAAAUUCCUAUAACUAGUACUUGAGAGCAUCUUGCUCUCAUUUUUAAAAUGAUUAAUGUUGUGCAAGUUUACCAGUAUUCCAUCAUUACAGGCAUCAUGAUGCAAUAUUAAUUGCAUCAGAAAGAAAGUUUGGCAUAAGAAACCAGAAGAGGAAACUUUUAGUGAUAUCCCAUGGUGUUACUCUGUUGAUGGAAGGCAUCCCUUAGUGGAAGAGGGGAAGAGGCAAUGUUCUGCAAUUUCCUCCCCACCCCUUUGUAGCCACCCAUGCUUCCUAUUUUGUUUCGUUGGGUUUCCAUCCUGCAUAAAAUUGGGCCCAGCGGGCUGAGCUUGUGUCGCAUUUCCAAAAAAUGGUCUCCCUUCCCCAAUCUAUUAAUGGAUAUUUUCCAUCAAUCAAUCUCUUUAUUAUGGUCAAUGACCAGUAAUUUCCUUUCAUUGGUGGAACAUUACUGUUCGAUACUACUGUAUUUUUCUCACCAUAGGGCGCACCUGACCAUAGGGCGCACCUAGUUUUUAGAGGAGGAAAACACACACAAAAAUAUUCUGAAUCAAAUGUUGUACUAAACUAUUUAAAGCAGCAAAGCGGGCGGCUCCUGUCCACUUUGCUGCUUUAAAUCGAGCCUCAGAGGAGGGUAGGAAGGGGAACCAUGGCUUAUCUAAGUCCAGUUAAUAAUGCUGAGCCUGACUUAUGGCCAUCGAGAUUAGCCUGGCCGUCUCAGUGGAAAUCUGGGGAGGCUGAGGUGGACUUUCCAGUGGUCAAAGUGUGGUUGUGUCUUCCUGCCCGGCAUCUAUUUCCUGCCCUCUUUCUCCCCUGCACCCCCGCACCCUGCUUCCAGGGAAGGAAGCGGAGCCAUGGAUCCUCUGCUCGCAACAGCAGUGGAUUCCAUCCACUUUGAAGCAGGAAAGUGGGAGAGGAGCUGCUUACACGAGUGUAAGCUGCUCCCCUCCCACUUUGCUGCUUCAAAGGGAGCCGGGGAGGAGGGAAUCCUCUGCAGCCGCAAGCAGAGGAUCCAUGGUCCCCUUCCUUCCUUCCUCCGUAGUUGCUUUGAAGCAGGAAAGUGGGAGAGGAGCUGCUUACAGGAGUGUAAGCUGCUCCCCUCCCACUUUGCUGCUUCAAAGGGAGCCCAGGAGGAGGGAAUCCGCUGCAGCUUCCCCCACCUCCUGGAGAGCCCGCAGAAGCCGCCAGCUCUUUAAAGGGGCUGCGCGGCUUCUCCUGGCUUUUCUGGGAGGUGGGAGAAGGGACUGAUGCAGCCAGUCAGUCCCUUCUCCCUCCUGGGGAAAAGCCCGCAAGAGCGCACAAAGCUUGUGUGCGGCUCUUGGGGGCUUUUCCCGCCUGCCUCCCCCUUGCAUUCGCUCCAUAGGAUGCACACACAUUUCCCCUUGCCUUUUAGGAGGGAAAAAGUGCGUCCUAUAGAGCGAAAAAUACGGUACUCUUUGUAAUUUCUGAAUUACAAAGUAGGAAUAUGACACCAUUUUAGUAAAUAAAGGAAACCAAUCCUGUCUUCAGGUGCUUUUCUUUUUCAUAUAUAACAGCUUGCCUGGUGAAUGAUAUAAUCUGUUUGAAUCUGUUUUGUGUUUGUUUUAAUCGUUACUUACAGUUAUUUGUCAGAAGCGUAAAUUUAAAAAAUAUUGAGGGUGCAGUUUAAAGCCCCAGACUUGUUAAUCCUAAAAGUACGUACCUUAUCUGAGCGCACAGUGUCCUGGAACUUAAGUUAAUGGAACAAAAGUUCACAGUUGCCUCAUUCUCCCUGCAACAGCUGAUGUCGCCCAAAAGUCCUCUUUGGGUGACGCAGGCAGGUUCCUGAAUACUGUGGCCUGGAGGGUGUGCGUGGAGAGGAUGGGAAACUUGGUUUUCAUGAACUUGCUUAAGCUAACUCCCCUUAAAUCCAGCUGAAUUUGGAGCAAUUCCUGUGUACCUCAGCUGUCCUCUGUUCCCCAUUCCACAUUGUUCAGGGUAUCUUUGGGCACAAAUGGCUGCAGGGUGUGAAGAGAUAGGAAGCGUUCUUCCCGUGAAAUUCCUUUUUUAGGAUCCAAGCUGUUAUCUUUAAAGUAAGGCUGUCACCCAGUUAAAGAUAGUUUAGUCUAUUGCUUCGGCAUAAAUUUACAUUUAAAUAAAGCAAUAAUUCCUACGAAACAUGCAUGCUUCUAUUUCAUGUAUGGGCAUGUUACAGUGGACACCAUCUUAGAACUUCCAAGAUGGUGCCUGCUGCCACAGUUGUGGUAAGUUCUUACAUUAAAAAUAUUAGCAGUUUGCUUAAAUCUUGCCAAUUCAAUUGGGGAAAGGGUUCUUUCUUAGUUGACUGAAAGUUUUUCAUCUAUUAAUCUAACAGAUUACUUGACUAAAAGUUGCAGCCCCACUUGAAAGUACUCUAGUUUUAGACAGCAGUGGAUACAGCAACAGCUAUUUGGAUGGAGAAUGAUUGUGCCUAUCAAAUGAAACCAUAGCACAGGUGUUAUGGAAGCACUGGUUUCCACAAAAAUGAGAUAAGCAAUGCUGUGUUAUAUAAUGCCUGUUACAUGAGGAUGCAACAAUAAGUGGUAAGGUGACUAUAAGUUAAAUUUCCGGCACAACCUCAGCCAUGAAUUACAUGGCUCUCCCUUUCCAUAGGCUGAGCUUGUUACAAAGUGCGAAAGUACUAUAAUUGGCUGAGCUAUCUAGACAUUACCUCACUACUUGGAAUUAAUUCUAAGCUUUUCAUGUUGCCCAGAGUUUAUUUUCAGCCAUUACUUUGGGGAAAUAAUUUACCGGUGUAAUGAGUGGGUUUUUUUAAAUGACAUGCUUAUCUUUUUUAAAUGACAUGCUUAUCUUUUUUUUGAAUCGGCAAUUACAGCACUGUAUGUACAAGUUCUGUGCAAGCAGAUACUUCCUCCUCCCAUCAGUUCUGGCGACAGUUCUGCACGCACACUCCCACUGUGCACAUGAAACUGUUCCCUGGUAUUGAAGUAUACAUGGAAGCUCUUGUGAACAUUUCUAUGUGCUUUGGUUCAGACUACUGUUAUUUGUUUUUUUGAAAGUGUGAAGUUAACAUUUUUGCAAAAACAACAGAAACCCAUAUGUUGUCACACUAAGAUGGAGAUUACCGUAUUUUUCGCCCUAUAGGGCGCACUGCCCCAUAGGACGCACCUAGUUUUUUUUUUGGGGGGGGGAAAUAAAGAAAAAAAAAAUAUUUCCCCCCAGGCGCGGGGGAAGCCCGAGCUUCCCCCAAUCCCAGCCCCGAGAACAGCCUGCUAUCUGCAAGCCUAGGGACGCCAGCGGUAAGUCGCGCCAGUCUCCCCAGGCUUCGGAAUGCAGGCAGCUCUGCGCAGCCAUCGGGAGGCAGGCGCGACUUCGCGCCCCGCUCCCGAUGGCUGCGCAGAGCGGCGCUCGCCCUGGGACUGCAGGCAGCUCUGCGCAGCCAUCGGGAGGCGGCGGCGACUUCGCGCCCUGCUCCUGAUGGCUGCGUAGAGCGGCGCUUCCCCCGGGACAGCAGGCAGCUCUGCGCAGCUAUCGGGAAGCGGGCGCGACUUCACGCCCCGCUCCGGAUGGCUGCGCAGAGCUGCGCUCGCCCCAGGACAGCAGGCAGCUCUGCGCAGCCAUUGGGAGGCGGGCGCGACUUCGCGCCCCGCUCCGGAUGGCUGCGCAGAGCUGCGCUCGCCCCGGGACUGCAGGCAGCUCUGUGCAACCCUCGGGAGGCAAGCACGAAGUGGCGCCGGUCUCCCGAGGGUUGCGCAGAGCUUCCUGAAGCCUGGAGAGUGAGAGGGGUCGGUGCGCACCGACCCCUCUCACUCUCCAGGCUUCAGCGAAAGCCUGCAUUCGCCCCAUAGGACGCACACACAUUUCCCCUUCAUUUUUGGAGGGGAAAAGGUGCGUCCUAUAGGGCGAAAAAUACGGUAGGUGGCAUGCAAGAGAAAAGAAAAAUUCAAGUAUGUUGGUGUUCAGAGUUCAUGCAAGUUUGUAUUUAGACCUGUGUGCUUCUAUUUUGCUUCCCCAGGGUCUCUUAUCCAGUCUUGUGAAUCUGACUAGCCUCACUCUGGCACGGAACUGUUUCCAGUCAUAUCCAGUGGGUGGCCCCUCACAGUUCUCUACCAUCUACGCUCUCAAUAUGGAGCAUAACCGCAUCAAUAAAAUCCCUUUUGGAAUUUUCUCCAGAGCAAAAGUGUUAAGUAAGCUGAACAUGAAGGUGAGACAUCGCUGACUAUCAGGAACUGUUUUGCUUCCAGGCUUGCCAAUGUUGCCAAACAUUAAGUGCAGUUAAGUAAAGAGGUGCAAGAUAACCAGGUAUGCAUGACAGUAGUGGAUGAGUUGUCAGAUAUUAAGUAUAAAACUGGAAAAAAGCCUUUGUUGAUUUCAUGCUUCUUUUUUCAUAUGAGAAUAGCAUAAAAUGAAUAGAGCACAAACUUCUUUUCUAAUGCAGAUUUGAAUAUCUGUUCUUUAGAAGCUGGCAGAAGCCUUCCUUUCCCCCUACUGCCUUUGUACCUUUUGCAAAAGACAGAGAACUUCUGUUAAGCAUAAUCAGUGUUUAAAAUUGACUGAGCCCAAGCAGGCAGCAUGUUUAUGUCUUUGCUCCUUUUUCUUGUGAAAAACAAAUGCACGGGGAGGUAAAGAGAGAAAUGGGCCAUUGCCACAUACUGGGUUGUCCCCAAGGCUGCACAGAUGGAGUUUGACUCACACAACACUUGCCCCUCAUCUCCUCUCCCUGCCCCCUGGAAUCUGUUCUAGACUGUCUUCCAAUCCUCCGGAGUGAAUUCUGAGAGUGCCUCGGGAGCUGGAGAGGAGGGACAAGUUCUUUAGUACAAACAGGAGCCUGUUGCACAAGCAGAAUGGCACCGCUGGAUACAAACAAGUAUCCAUAAAUUACUUGUAAUUAAAAAUUUGUUUCAAAUGUUGGCAGUCUGAAAAAUGGAGGAGCUUGCUUCCAUUGUUGCUGAACGUUGUUGCUGAGGUGGUGAAAUAGGUUGACUCAGAUCAUUGCAUAUUAUAAAUGUGGCUUUUGGUAUUUGGAACAAGAUGUUAAGGUGUUUCAAGCCUAGAUCCAUAUAAGUAGACUGCUCACAUUGUAGGAAACAUUUUUGGUUAUACUUGAAUAUUAAAUUGCCAAAAGCAAAUAUUUUAUUGUCAGUUUCUUUGAAGUCUAGCUGAACUCCGUUGCAACACAUAAUUUCUUUCAUUUAAUAAUGGUCUAAAACAGAGGAUCUAAGUAUUGCCAACUUUAUUAAAUGCUGCUGCUUGUAAUGCAGGUGGUGAGUCUUUUACUUGCAGAGAACUGGCUCUUAUAUAUAGAUAAGUUGUACUUCCAGUUAACACAAAUACUAGCCACAACCUGCUUUUUUAAAUAGUGUAUCAUCUGGGCAAGGACAAUACAUACUUCAAAUAAUAUACUGUUCUGAUUUGAAUUCAAAUAAUAAGCACAGUGUAGCAGUGCUUUAAACAUUAAUGAAAAUGUAGACCUUGCAUAAAUAUUGACUAUUCUUUUGUAUGACUUCCUAGCUAUAAUGCUUUAAAGAAAUCCUAUUUUCUUUAUAAGUUAUUGGUCUCUUAUUAGGGUUUCUCAAUAGUGCUAUGAUUUCCUUAGUUGCAAUAUUAUUCUAACUUGAUAUCUGAGAGAACAGCCUUGUUGUAUAUGGAAUCUGUGUUUAUUUUUAAGUAAAAAACCCCAAACUUUGUGCGCAUGCAUGUGUUCACAUUCUGGAGAAAGGCAGUAUAUACCCUUCAAAAGAUUUUUUAUUUAAGAUACUGGUAGGACAUUGUUAUGGAGGAGAGAGUAGCAUCACAUUUCUCUCUAUGAAAUGUCUAUGUGGCCACCAUGUGAAGCAGUGAACAAGCACUUACUCUGUAUUGAUCCUUCUACCAGCCGGUGUUGGGGAAUUGCGUCAGGUGUCAGCUGUGGUGUAAUGGAAACUAUCUGGAAGGAAAUCCAUGAGAGUAGCUGGAGUAAAUUGCACACAUCUUUUAUCAGUGGGAGAUGAGACAUUGGUUGUGGGUGACUGGGUUUUGCCAGCAUGUGCUAUUUGCAAAACCUCUCUGUCCAGCAAUUGAGAAGGAAGGACUGUGCACCCUGUAGCCCCAUCUUCCCUGGCCACCUUUAAAAACAAAUUGCUUAUUCAUAUUCUAAAUUAUCUCCUUGUUUAGAUGGGGAUGAUUUCAUGCCGUGUUUACACACCAGAUAUGUAGCAGCAACCAUUAGGUAAAUGGAGCAGUCGUUCCACACCUGAUUACCCCCUUAAACUAUGGCUGCGUAUCUUCUGUAAAUACACAGUGUGAAGCUGUUCCUUGGGCUGUACUGUAGCUGGUUUUCAGCAAAAUGAAGGUUAAGGUGAAUCCAUACAAUUAGUAGCACUUUGCAUCUCAGAUCCCCUUUUUUAUAAUUUUGUGUAUAGUCGUUAGAUGUGUACAGCUGCAUUGAUUUUGCACACAGGUCUUGUGAUGUAAUGAAUUUGUCUUUGUCAUGUUGACAGUUUGAUAUUUCUAUCCUGCUUUUCUGCAAAAAACAGUCAGUGGCUUAUAUUAAAAAUAGUAAAAUACAAUUGGACAAGGUAAGUUAAAAGAGAUCUGUAAUGUAAAGAUACCUGUUAAAAAUAUUAAUGAACAGUUGUACAAAACUAAAAAGCUUUAAAACAGAUGUGGCCAAUUUGGUGCUUUUUCAGAUGUUUUUGGACUGCAACUCCCAUAAUUCCUGGCUAUUGGAAGACAUAUCUGGGGCUGAUGUGUGUUACAGUCCACAAUAUUUGUAGGGGAACAUGUUGACUGCCCCUGCUUUAAAAGUUUUAAAGCAGCAGAUCAGUGGUAUUUUUUAUUAAAGUCAGAAUCAAAGUGAUUUUAUUCCUCAUGUACCCAAUUAAUGUCCUUUUCAAGUAGUUGUCUUUUACUUUUUCAACCACAUUCCUAAACCUUCUUCAUAUGAAAUUACAGGACAAUCAGCUGACGUCGCUUCCCUUGGACUUUGGGACAUGGACCAGCAUGGUAGAACUGAACUUAGCUACAAAUCAACUCAACAAGAUUCCUGAGGAUGUGUCUGGACUUGUUUCCCUAGAGGUGAGUGGCAUACACUGAGAUCUUGUGAACUGCCCUGAGCUCUUGUGAUGAAGGGUGGUAUAGAAAUCUAAUAAAAUAAUAAUAAUAAUAAUAAUAAUAAUAAUAAUAAUAAUAAUAAAAGCUACACAGAAAUUUUGUUAACAUUUUCUGGGAAAGGUUGCUUUUACUCUCAGUACUGUUUCUUUUUCCUAAAUGGUUGCUAAAAUUAUUCAGUCUUUGCUCUAACUAAUUUUAGAACUGAAGAUUAAACUACUUUAUAUGUGUGUUGUUGGGUUGGGUUUUUGUUUUGUUUUGCAAAACCUGCUAAACUGUCCUAAUUAAAAUAAACAUUGGCUGGAAAAAAUGUGAAAGUAUAGCUGUCUGAGAGAGAGCUGUUUCAUGAUUCUCAUUUGCUGGAGUCAGUGUGGCAGAGGUAGGAGACGUUUUCGAGCUUGAGUGGCCAUGUUCCCUUGUACGCAACCUUCUCAGAGCCACAUGCUAGCGAUGAGUGGACCAGAGACAAAAGUUUAUUCUACAGUAGGCGACGUUUGAUCCAAUCUGCAAAACUCUGAUAUUUCUACACACUCCUUUCUAUCCAGCUUAGAGGCGUUAUCACAGUUGAAGGACACAUUCCCACCAGGCAGAAGCACUCAGGGAGGAUGCUAAGCAGAACUAGUGAGGAGUUUGGCAUAGGCCAAGGGACACUUCCUCAUCCCUGAAAUAUGGCAUUUGUAGACGAAAUUAAGCCACCUCCAGCUUUUUAAUUGAAGAACCCUUAGUUUACUGAAUGUUUACUUCGCCAAUAACUUGCUGGUUUAUUAAAAGUUCAACAUACGUCUUUCUUCAGGUUCUUGUCUUGUCGAACAACCUUCUAAGAAACCUUCCCCAUGGCAUUGGGAACCUGCGAAAGUUAAGAGAAUUGGAUCUAGAGGAAAACAAGCUGGAAUCCUUGCCCAAUGAAAUAGCGUACCUUCGGGAACUUCAGGUACCUAUCUGUACCACAUAAAAACGGAACCUCUAUCAAUGGGUCUUUUUGCCUGAUUUGGUAUUAGGGACUGUCUCUUUGUACACACGUUUCACCAGUAUGUGGCAUUGCCAUGUAAGGAGGGUGGAUAAUCUGGAAGUAACUGUAGAAGUCAUUGUGUGGACAUCUCCCGGUUUCUGUGUAUGGUAGAUAACAUUGCAGAGUGCUAAAACCUAAAUUCUGGGUCAUGACAUGUUGCAUGGGGUAACUGAUGUGUUAUGAGACCUUGAGGUCCUAGUAGAUAGCUCGAUCAAGACGUUGGCCUGGUGUGCAGCCAUUGUGAACAAGACAAAUUCCAUGCUAGGCUUCUACUUCUCCACACAACACAUAGUUAAACUAUGGAACUCAUUCUCACAGGAGGCAGUGAUGACCACAAACUUGGAUGGGGAUAAGGCUAUCAAUGGCUACUAGCUACUAUGGCUAUGCUCUGUCUCCAUGGUUGGAGACAGUAAUGCUUCUGAAUACCAGUUGCUGGAAACCACAGUGGGAACUGGUGGGGAGAGUGUCCUUCUGCUUGGGUCCUGUAUGUAAGUUUCUUACAGGCAUUUGGUUGGCCGCUGUGAGGACAGGAUGUGGGACAAGGUGGGCCAUUGGCCUGAUCCAGCAGGCUUUUCUUACAUCCCUAUGGUUGCCGGGGAGGGGAAGGCUGUGAUUCUAAUGAUUGGAUAGUGUUACCCAUCUUUGUUCUGGGUGAUUGAAGAUGACAUUAAUUUGAUGCUUACAUAUGCAUAUUUCUUCCCAGAGGUUGAUCUUAACAAAUAAUCAGUUGAGCACCCUUCCUAGAGGAAUUGGCCACCUCAUCAAUCUGACACAUCUUGGACUGGGAGAGAAUUUUCUUACACAACUUCCUGAGGAAAUUGGUAUGAUAUUUGUUUUACCCAUACAUAGAAUGAUGUGGUUUUGUUUUAGCUACCAGUAAAAUGCUGGAGAUGUAGUCUACAGGUGUUGAUUAUCUGCAGUAUUUGCUACAUUCCAGUUGUGUCCUGCUCACAGGAUUGUCCCAGGGAUGCUACGCACUCUCUUAAAAUGUGGGCAGAACUAUAUUUCUUGUAACAUUUGGAAAGCACUAGGUAGAUACUUUGCCAGUUUGGGGAGUCUCUUCUAGCAUAUCUCUCAUCAGAAGACCUUUAGCAUAAUGAAGUCUCUUGAAGGUAGGAGUUAGGAGUUCAAGAUUUUGUAGCUGGGAAGACAGUAAAGGAAGAAAUAAGACAAUUUUAUUAUCUACAAUGGGCUUCAGUUGAUGAGGGGAAGUCGCAAUCUCUCAGUUUCAUACUGCUUUUCGUUUGGCAUGCAAACAAUAGAAAAUGGCAGUAGAUGAGAAAUGCAUCUUCAAUUUAAGGCAUCUGUUUGGAUCCUGUGGAAAAACGGGUUGCCGUACUGUGAUAACUGACAGAAGAACAAACUAUUUAUGUGUUGAGAAUAUCUUAAUGAGAGCUUCUUUCUGGGUGGUGUGUGGAGUUUUGUUGGCACCCUCAUGCUCAUGGGAAGGCUUUUGAUCUAGCAGAUGUGUCUCCGAAUGAAAGAGGAAGGGAGGGAGUUUUCAUUGAGUGAUCCUCUCUCCAGCACCCUCCCUCCAGAAAUCUGCUCCAAUCAGUUGUCUAAUCCUUCAGAACAGCAUAGAAGGUGAUAUGGAGUACUGCCAUGGGGAGAGGGAAUUAACAACAGCAGGCUCCCGUCCUCUCCUUUAGCCGGAAAGCCCUUCCAUAAGUGCAAGGACACCAGUUGGGUCUAAAUUAGUUUCAGCCAAGGGUGUUUUUAAGUGCUAAUUAUUGGCAAUUCUUGCUUUUGUAGGUACACUGGAGAAUCUGGAAGAACUGUAUCUAAAUGACAACCCUCAUCUGAACAGCCUUCCUUUUGAACUAGCCCUCUGCAGUAAAUUGUCUAUAAUGAGCAUUGAGAACUGCCCACUCAAUACCCUUCCAGCUCAAAUUGUUGCAGGUGGACCUUCCUUUAUCAUCCAGUUUCUCAAAAUGCAGGGACCAUAUCGUUCCAUGGUCUGAUGGAUAUCUGCCCUAAUGAUGUACAAAAUAUAAAUUGCAUUGAGGGUAUCAUUGUGUACAUAAUAUUAUCUAGGCCACACGGUGCCAGGGUUUGAUAAAAGUUGGAUUGUUCCAUACACUGUACAAAAUGCAAAGAGCAUUAUUGGUAUUGCGUAUGUGUGAAUAUAUAAUAUAAUAUAUAGGCUGUAUAUUAUAUUAUAUAUAAAGCAUAAAUAAUAUAAAACAGGCAAAUUCAAGACCAUGUUUAUGUGUUUCUGCUAAUAGAGGAAGCAUAGCCAUUUAGAUUUUUUUUUCUUUGUAAAGUGCUUGUCUAAGUUUUCUUUGCCGAAUUUGAUGGAUGUCUGGGUAAUUGGAGAUACCAGUUCACUGAAAACAAUGGCCAACUAAUUGCUGAACAAUUUAAGGGACAAAACAUUUUUAGAUGGAGCCCUCUUCCUAUGGGAAAAACAAGCAACUUGAUUACACAAACUUUUUUUUUUAUCAUUCCCCUCUGUGCACAUUCUCUGUCUCAAAAAUCCUUUCGGGUGAUUUGUCCUCUAGUUGGGGAGAUUCUUUAACUUAUUUUAAGAUUUGAAACAAAUGGUGAUGUAUUUGUUUACAGUCAGAGUAAAUCACUGGAUUAUUUUUAUUUUUUAUUAUUGUUGUUGGAUUUGCUCUGUUAUACUCAUAUCUAAAAUUUAUAUGCUUCUGCCGAGGGCUUCUUAUUGUCUGAUUUUAUAUUAAAACAAAAGCGUAAGUAGGAAAAGAUGCAGUUCAACAAAAGCUUGAAUUUAGGCCUUUUUCAGUUUAUCGUUCGUAAGCAUAUCUUAUUUGAUCCACUUAUUUUACGGUUGGCCUCAUCUAGCACAAGCACCAUAUUCUGAUACAUAAAUUGACAGAUAUAUUUGAAAACCCGCAACAUUCUGUUAAGGUCUAGUAGUGCAUUGACGAGGAAUGAAUAUAUAUUACACCAGGCAAGUGUAAGCGCUCCCCCGGUCUUUGUACAAUUAAUGAAUGUGUCUUUUAAAGCACUGCAGUAUAUGUAAGAUUUAUGGUUGGUUGACAGUGUUACUCUGGCUUUAUAUCUUGCCUUGCCUUGUACAUCUUUCCAUUGUUACGGAGCAUCUGCAUCCAAGCACAAUAUCUUCAUGCUGUGCUGUUUUGCUGCUGAACUAAAUGCACUUUUCCCUGCAGAACUGGGACACUUGCUUCAAAGUAAUCAGUUCAGUACCAUGGUUUAUUCUCUCAGCUUCAUCCUAUCAAUCUCAGUAUUAAAGACUGGUCUGUUUUAAAAGGACACCUUUUCAUUCGUACUUAAAACUUGCUCUGUAAAAAAGAACAGUAAAGUGGUUCACAUGCAGUUUUACCGUCAUUUUCGUGGCUGUAUGAAGGGCUAAUAACGCUGCAGUGAAACAGACACUUGCCACUAACACUUGCAGUGCCAUUUCUAGUUUUUUUGCGCACUCAUCUUGCAUUCUGGGCAGUUGCUUUCAAUGUCAGUUCACUACAUUGGGUUUGCUUCUGAGAUUGUGGAAUUUAGAGAGUGCUGUGUCUUUUGAACCAGUUGUAUGCACCACAGAAGCCAGAGGAAUCUUGUUCGUCUAUUGAAGGUUUUGGAACUUUUAUUUCUGGCACUAAGAGCCAUUUAAUCAGUACAAAUCAGAGAUUAUCACAUAUGCCUGUCCCAUGUAAAUAAGUAAGAUGCACACUCCUGGCAGUAUAAUUAAGAAUUACUUCUGAGUAAAGAUGCUUAAGAGUGCUCUGCAAGUGUCAGAGGCUGUAGUGGGAUUUGGAUGUGCCUGAGUUCCUUUGGCUUGAGCCCAUCAUAACUUACUGCCUUGCUCUGUUUUCUUUGAUAUGAAUUAUAGCUUUUAUUGAUUGGUUUUCUCACUAGCGAGGGAGAAUUUUUUUGAAAGAAAGUCAGGUAAGAUACAUAAAACCUUUAACGGGCUUAAGCUGGUAGCAAAAACUAGUCUAGAUGUCACUGGAUAUACAAAGGAAUAUCUACUACAGUCUUCUGAAAAAUAAUAAUCUAAUGCUAUGUCAGUUUAGAUUUAUAAAAUUGUAUAGUUUCAGCUGUGUGAAAGCCUAUCCAUCUGAGCAUUAAGGUGUUAAAAUACAAAGUGGUGGUUUAAAAGGUGAAAGUCCACUUUAUGCUGAAGCUGUAAACUUGUCCCAGUAACUCAGUCUGUGUCUUUAUAUGCUGCCCAUAUGCACUUUUAGGGGGAGAUAAUCUUUUCUAUAAUCAAUUGUCUGUACCUGUUACUUUUAAAGCCAGAGUUUAGCCAUGUAUUGAAAAUUAUUCCAGGCAAAAUGAGAAUAGUAUCUUUGGAAGAUUUUUCAGAAUUGAUGUAGGAUAGGAUGCUUCUAGUAGGUUGGGUUCUUCUGCCACUUUGUGGAGUUGUGGGUAGAUGAAGUUGAACUGCAUUUAUGGAACUGGUAGUUUUGUCUGUAAAUAUAUUAAUACAAUUGUUCAUCUUGCCAAGGAUUAUGUGACUGACUGUUUUUCUCUCUCUCUGAAAGAUCACUUGCAUGUUGGAAACUGGUUUUAUUCAUUAAAACAUUUAAAAAAUGAACUUUUUUUUAAAAAAGGUGAAUCAAUUAUACUUCAGUAUCACAUGUAAAGAGGAGUCAAAGUAUAGUCUGUUAAGCACAGAAUCUACAAGACUCCCAAAUCCAAGUUUAUGUUCCACAAUCAGCACAGGAUGCAAAAGGAAUAAAUUUAGACAGAGGUAGCAAUAAAUUCUGGGCUAAAAAGAAAUCAGAAAAUAUUUUCAUAAUGCAGUUGAUUGUCUUCUGAAAUUUAGAAUUUGAUUUCUCAUGAUAGAAAGUUAUUGUGUCCCAGAAUAUCUUUACUUUCCUUGGCAAAAUGAUGGAUUCUAACCAAUUAGGAAAUGUCCACCUAAAUCUAGCAAGGAUGUAUUAACUGGAAUUUAAAAACUGAAUCUGUGCCAAUCAGAAACUUGGGGAAAAUUCUAGGAUUUGUGAUACUGAGAAGAUACAUAUUUCUAGAUAGUUCUUUUUGGGAUGUCUAGUAAGUGUGCCCCUUGCUCUUGUAACACUACACAUUUAGUAUCUCUGCUAAGUCAGUUCUACCUUUUUACGCGAAGCUGCAGAAUUAGUGACAAUCCUCUCAGGUCUCUCAAGCAGUUUUGAUGGGUGUCAGUGCAUAUCCUCCCAAGUUCAUCAUGGAAACAACAGCAGAUAUAUUUGGAGCAUUCUUAUUAGACUGUUCCCCAUAGAAUCAUGUACAUGGGUUUCCCAGUGCAAGAAAAGAUGCCAUGUCCAUCGAGGUCAUCACCUUGGCUCCAGUGCGGGUGCCACCAUCAGUGCUGCUGCUCUUGUGUUGUUCUCUGGCAGCUGUAUAGCAAAGGGAUAAAACCUGUAUGACUUUGAUGUGAUGCAUAUGGAUGUCAGUGUAGCCCUUGCUGUGCUUCGUUGGAGUAACCCUGUGCCUGUGUGUUAGGAGCAGAAUUUUAAUGGCAAGCAGGACGGAACUGCCUCAUGUGCUGCUUUAGCACAUGAGGCAGUUAUCAUGUGCUAAAGCUGCCCUCUGCACUGCUGAAGGAACCCCUCAGAUGGGCUGCAAAGUACACUUUGUACAGCUCUGCCACAGUUAGGAAAGUUACAAAAAUCUAACCUCCACUUCUUAGGAUUGAGUUGCAACACUGAAUUGCAAAGGAGGAAUAAUUGGCAUUGACUCUUUGGGAAACCAGUGUAUAUAUCUUAGUAUAAUAUUCAUGUUACAUUAAUGGGAGUAAAUUAAUUUGGCUGCAUAAUUUGGCUUUAAAGAUCUUUACCCAACUUCCCUUGUGGGGGCUUUCUAAUGUGUUUCCUGCUAAAAUUUUGCAGUGUUUGCUUUUUGAUGUUUCAGACUUUAUUUACACAAUUUAUCUUGGCAAAUAUUUAAGCUUAGGAGGGAUUCUAGCUCAUUGAAAUGUUUUUGUAUAGUAGUACUAAGAAGAGAAAACUGUAGCUACUUAUUGUCAAAAUGGCAGGCAAAAUUUAAAGUAGCAUCUUUGACCUGGACAAUUUUUGGAACGGGGGCAUUGGGAUGGUUUUGUAUUCUUCACAUAUCAAAGGAAUAAUGCCUUCCUGAUUAUUCAAGAACCUGAAUGCAGCAGAGCAUUUGUAUAGUCAAUAUUGCACUUCCAUUGUAUAUUUAAUCAGCAUGUCAGAACUUGCUUUUAAUUAGGUAUACACUUGGCAGUAAUUUGCACAACACACCAACUUUAAAAGGCACAUGUAGGGCAAUUACUAAUGAUAAUAUCUGCAAAAAAAUCUGAUGGCUUUUUUAUUCUACAAAGAUCUGAAGAUUCUGUUUAUUAUUUCAAUGUUUAGGUCUUAAGCAGGACAGUGCAGGAUUCUGCCUGUUAAAUACAAGACCACACUAAUUUGUGAUUGAAAAUGAAAGCGUGUAAAACGGUCUACAAAAAUUGUACUUUCUGAAUUAUUGUAAUGUUGAUUGUUAUGUCUAUAAAAGAUUGCCUUGCUUUUUUACAAGUCAUUCUGUAUCAAUGUAUCAUUAUAAAUAGUAUAUUUGUAAAUGAGCUGCCACUGAGUCUUUUGGGCAUUUUCUAGUGGUAAAGUUUAAUUUAACUUUGUCUGUAAAUCUGUGCAGUAUCGCAGAUGAUUGACAUUUUGGAUUGCCAUUCUCUCUGUCCUUUUUCAAAGAGUUUGUCUCACCCAUCCCUCCAGUAUAAAAUAAGGUUUAUUGUAUAUUGAUAUUUAUUACCAAAUUUGCAUGAUAGUAACUGGUCUAAAAGCAAGCAAAUGCAGUUGUGUAAAAAUGCAGACCUUUAUAAAGGAAAUCUUGGUUAAAAAACCCCUUUACUUCCUUUUUGAUCAGUAAGCCUUGAAAGUGUAAGCAAUUCAUUUGGUAUUCACUACAUUUGGUAAUAAAAAAACACACACAAUAGUUGACAAGGAAUUUUAUAUGUCCUAUAUUGAAAAGAUCACCUGAGGUCAAUCAUUUUUCUUGUAGUAGUUUCUCUACUUCUCAUACACAUUACAUCAUUUCUGGUAGUUUGGAUCCAGUCCAUAUACUACUAGAUCAUGCUUUGCUUCCUGAAAUACCUAUAACUACAAAACAAUUCAAAUAAUCACAAAAGUGCAACCCUAACCCUGUAUAACUGGGAAUCAAGCAAACUGGAUUCAACAGGACUUCUGAAUGCAUGUGGGGAAGGAUUCAACGGAUGAGUCCCAUCAACAGUAGCCCUGAGCAAGACCCUCUGCUUGUGCAGUGGAAUUGCCCCACCCCCCCAAUUGCUCUUGUAGUUGACUGGCAGGUGGGGUCCAGGAGAACCCCCAGAGCAUUACGUGUGGUAGGAGAGAAGGGAUUGUUCCACAUGGCAAGCCAAGAUGCUUGCCGGAAUGUUCAGAAGGUCAAGUGAGAAUGUUGCAGAACAAAGGGCUUCAACAUGAUUAUCCAUGCCAGGAACAGAAUAUGCAGUUAAGUUCUCCUUUUGUGUUUCCUCUAUCAAAAACACAACAAAAUUCCUUGCCACUUUCAAGAGUUUCUGUGCUGCUUUAAAUAUUGGCCAAAUGGUUUUUUCUUCUUCCUAUGACCACUUUUAAGAUGAGAGCCCGGCUUAUUUCUGAUCUUUACACUUGCUGAGGUGUAAAGCCAGCCGACAGUGCCUGCUAUUAAUAGCAUUGUCUUGUCUUUGCUGCCGUUUCCCUGUGCUGGUCUGACCUCCUUGGUGGCCUUUUGCAAAUCUAUUCUGUCAGUUUCCUCAUUGGUAUAUAAUAAGGAUAAUGCAGGGUUGCUGUGAGGAUUUAUUAAAGCUUAUCAAGGACUGGAAAGAUGAGUGCUACAUGCAAAGGAGUUAUAUAAAUGGAAAAUAAUCCUAUUAUGGAAUUAUGAUUCGGAUUAAAACUAUCAAUGAAAAAUCACCCACAGCAGUGAUUUAUUUUUUAUGAUUAAAUUAGUUACAAAUUACAUU